AUGAACGGUCCUUUUAACGGGGCGUCAGAGGAGCAGGUCUGGGAGCGCCCAUGGUCCCUGGAUGAAAUCAGUAGGAACAGCCAGAAUUGGUCCCUGGGGGCAGAUGCAGGGGUGAGAUGUCCUGUGUUUACUGUGUGUGUGCCUGUCCCCCUCCUGGUAGUUUUCUUAUACAAAGUCUGGCUUAAUAUCAUGGGUUAUGUCAGAUCACCUGAUGUUUUAUAUCAUACAUAAAUCAUUGUUAAUGCUAAGGGGGAUCAGUCAGUGCCAUAACAAUCAUGGGUUAUGUCAGAUCACCUGAUGUUUUAUAUCAUACAUAAAUCAUUGUUUAUGCUCGGGGGGAUCAGUCAGUGCCAUAAAAAUCAUGUUGAUGACAUUGUCUGUCUCUGUGUGACUAUUAUUAUUUAGAAUAAUGACUAUGCUGGUCAAGUUGUGGGGUUACUGUUAUAUAUAACAGAUCUACAGGAUAUGUAGUGCAGUUGUUUAGUUUGCAGUUAACACAAUUGAUAAAAAAUUUAAAAUAAAGCGCCUACAUUUUAAUCUCAUUGGUUGUGAAUUUGUUUGCACCGUUCUUUCAUCACUUUUAUUGUAUAAUUAUUUUCACUGCUGAUGUUCCUUUUAUUCAUUUGAUGUGUUCUUUCGCUUUUUGGUUUAUUACUAUUACCCAGGCAUGAUGCAGUAUAUUCAGAAAUGGGAGAAUUACAUAAUCCAGUGUAUUUACACUCAUUCUUACUUCCUAGUAUACAUUUUUGUCAGUAGAGGCUGUGAUCCAAUUUAAAAGAAAGACACGACCAAGUUCCCACUCAUAACAGAAUAGAAUGUUUUUUGUCAAAUUAUCAUUUUGCUGCCCCACAUUUUACCUGUUUGUGUUUUGUUUUAUUCUAUCCACAGUACAUCGAUUAUCUAUGAGUUAGAGGCAAUCUGCUCUGUUUUUUACAGAAAUAACUUUAACAGGUUGCUUUUAAUUUGUCUGUAUGACAUUUCAUAUCAAUAUUUAAGUUGCAAUACUUUUUGACAAAUUCUGCAAAGGAAAUUCCAUUCUCUUUAUUGUGUAUUGACAGAUCCUGAUUGAGGCUAAUGGGAGUUGUAGUUCGUUAAUAACUGUCAAUUUCCUAAAACGUUGUUUUCUAUUUAUUUUUACUCUUGAUCUACAUUUCAAAAGAAAUGUACAUGAAGUAUUUCCGUGCUCUAAAAUUAAAUGGUUAAAAGACUUUCAUGUUCUCAUUAUUUGUGUUUUUUUGGCAUCGGCCUUCAGAUGAAAUGUGCUUACUAGUGAUGUCCCGAACGGUUCGCCGUGGACGGCGAACAUAUGCGCUGUUCGGUCCGCCCCCUAUUCGUCAUCAUUGAGUAAACUUUGACCCUGUACCUCACAGUCAGCAGACCCUCCCUCCCACCUCCUGGACAGCUCACUAAGAAUGCAGCUUCACAAUGAAUGUAAAAUGGAUGCUGUCCAGGAGGUGGGAGGGUCUGCUGCUGAUUGGCUGGAAUGUGUCUGCUGACUGUGAGGUAUAGGGUCAAAGUUUACUCAAUGAUGACAUAGGGGGCGGACCGAACAGCGCAUAUGAACCGUCCGCAGUGAACCGUUCGGUACAUCACUAGUGCUUACUACUACUUGGAGUAGAACAUUUGAUCAAAAAUACGUGGCAUUUCCUGGAAAUAUUUGGGAGGAGUGGAAAUCAUUGUUUUUGUUUUUUUUCUUUGUUUUGUUUUUUAGCAUCGAUAUUAACUUUGCCACGGAAAUAUUUGGUUAUUGAGGUAUUAAAGGACCACUAUAGCGCCAGGAAAACAUACUCGUUUUCCUGGCACUAUAGGGCCCUGAUGGUGCCCCCACCCUCAGGGUCCCCCUCCCGCCCAGCACUGGAAGGGGGAAAAGAGUUAAAUCUUACCUUUUUCCAGCGCAGGGCGGGGAGCUCUCCUCCUCCGAUCCUCCUCUUCUCCUCCCCGUCGGCUGAAUGCGCACGCGCGGCAAGAGCUGCGCGCGCAUUCAGCCGGUCACAUAGGAAAGCAUUCAUAAUGCUUUCCUAUGGACGCUUGCGUGCUCUCACUGUGAUUUUCAAAAUGGGUUAACCCUACUUGAUUUGAGACCCAGACCACUUCAUUAAGCUGAAGUGGUCUGGGUGCCUAGAGUGGUCCUUUAAGCAUUAUCUCUUUUUUUAAAAGCACUUUAGGCACCAUAACAACCCAUGUUGUUAUAAGUUGUUAUAGUGCAUGGAGAUAGAGUCCGUCUUACUUUAAGGGGCUGAACGGUAAUGAAUGCUUUAAUUCUAAAGUCUUAAAGCCAGUGUCCUGCACUUUCUCUCAGUGUAUGGUGUAUGAGGCUUUAAAGCGGCACUGUCAUGGCCGAAUCCUGUUUGUUUUUUGUUUUUUUUAACCCCCCUCCCGACUCCACUACAUCUAAUUGAUCCCUUAGUCUGCCCCUAAGCUCCCCAUAUUACCUAUUUUUUAUUCUUUAUUUUCUGCACGACCUAUAUUCAGGGCACCGCCAUCUUUUGUGUGGGUAGAGGAAGUCCCUGUGGGACACGUCAUCUGACCACUCUAGAUAGCACUGUGAGAUUCCCGCAAAUGACCAGUUAAACACUUGGGCAUGCGAACGGGAAUUUCAUCCAUUCAUUCGUCAGAAAGACGAAUGAAUAGAAAAAUCAGACUAACAAACAAACACUGUGUAUCAGUGUUCGCUCAGUUUAUUACAAGGAGGAAGCUACCGGUGCGCAGCUCCCUCCUUGUAAUAUGUCAAAAUAGAAGCGGCAGGGAGCAGUGCUCCCCGCCACUUCCUAAGCCCCCCAUGUCCUCCCUCACUCUAUGGGGGUCAAUAUGAAUAAACUACAAUGGGGGGGACCUACUGUCUUUCCGAUCCCUGGGCGGCGGGUGGGGGCAAUAAAGAUAAUGGGGGGGACGGGACCUAUUGUCCUCCCCACCCCUGAGCAGUGGGUGGGGGCCAUAAAUUACAAUGGGGGGACCUACUGUCCACCCCCAGCCCCCACCCUUGAGCGGUGGGUGGGGGCCAUAAAGAUAAUGAGGGUGGGAACCUACUUCCCCCCCUUCCGGCCCUAAAACAAAUUUCCCCCCCAUCAAAGGUGACUAGGGAUCCCCAAGCCCCUAGUCACCCACCCCACCAAAUAAAAAAUUACCCCCUACCUACCCCCUCACCCUAAAAAAUAGUGAGGGGGGAAUAAAAUAACUAACCUGUAAAGAAAAUUAAACUUACCAUUCAACGUCUUUUUUUUUUCUCAAAUCUUCAUUUUUCAGCCCCAAAGAAGGCAAAAUAAAAAGCCAUCAUACCCGUCGAAAUGAAAAUAAAAUAAAAAACCCGAGCGCAAAAAAAAAGAAGAAAAAAACAGACGCUCUACAGGGCGGGGGAAGACUUAUAAAGCCUUGCCCCGCCCUGCAAUUAGGCUAAGAACACUCUGAUUGGUUGGUUUAAGCCAAUGUGAGAGUGCUCUUUGUCAUUUUGCACACCGUGGGAAAAUUCCAAAGAACUUUCCCACGCUGUGUAAAAUGACACAGAGCACUGUGAUUGGAUGGCUUGAAAUACAUCCAAUAACAGUGCUCUGUGUCAUUUUACACAGUGUGGGACAAUUCCAAUAAACUUUCCCAAGCUGUGUAAAGUGACUCAGAGCACUCUGAUUGGUUGGUUUAAACCAACCAAUCAUUGUGCUCUGAGCCUAAUUGCAGGGCGUGGUAAGGCCUUGACCCGCCCUGUGGAGCUCAGUAUGCGGCGUGCCCUCGAAGGGUGAAGAUUUUUUUUUGGGAGUUCGACGAUAUUUAUGACUUUUUAUUUGGCCUUUUUGGGGGCUGAAGAAAGAAGCAAUUAGAAAAAAGAAGACAUCUAAUGGUAAGUUUAUAUAUUUUUUUUCUUUACAGGUGUUUAGCUUCAUUGUCCCCCCUCACUAUUAUUAGGAUGAGGGGGGUAGGUAGGGAUUUAUUUUAUUGGGCGAAUGGGUGUGACUAGGGGCUCGGGGACUCCUAGUCACUGAAAGGGGGGGGGGAUUUUAAACUUGGCCCCCACCAGCCGGUCAGGGUGGGGAAACAAUAUGUUUCCCCCCCUCCUUGUUGUUAAUGGCCCCCACCUGCCGCUCUGGGGUGGGGGCCAGAGGGGGAACAAUAGGUUCCCCCCUCUUAUUGUUGUUUAUGGCCCCCACCUGCCCCUCAGGGGUGGGGGUCAGGAGGGGAAUUUAUUUUAUUGGGGGAAUGGGGUGACUAGGGGCUCGGGGACCCCUAGUCACUGAAAGGGGGGGAUUUUAAACUUGGCCCCCACCAGCUGGUCAGGGUGAGGAAACAAUAGGUUUCCCCCCCUCCUUUGUUAAUGGGCCCCCACCUGCCGCUCUGGGGUGGGGGAACAAUAGGUUCCCCCCUCUUAUUGUUGUUUAUGGCCUCCACCUGCCACUCAGGGGUGGGGGUCAGGAGGGGAACAAUAGGUUCCCCCCCUCUUAUUGUUUUUAAAGGCCCCCACCUGCCACUUGGGGGGGGGGGCAAUAGGUUCCCCCUCUUAUUGUUUUUAAAGGCCCCCACCUGCUGCUCAGGGGAGGAGGCAAUAUGUCUCCUCCCUCUUAUAGUUAAGGGCCGCCACCCGCCGCUCAGGGGUGGGGACCAGGGGGGUAGGCAAUAGGUCUCCCCCCAUCUUACUUUCAAGGGCCCCCACCUGCCACUCAGGGGUUGGGCCCAAGGGGUGAGGCAAUAGUCCCUCCCCCGCUCUUAUUGCUAACGGCCCCCGUCGCCGCUCAGGGGUGGGGGCCAAGGGGGGGAGGACUCGGCACAGGUGGGGGCUGGGGGGACAAUUGUGUGUGGGGUUUUUUUUUUUUUUUAACAGUGAGCAGCCACAGGCUGCUAACGCGAGUAGGGACAUAUUAUUUACUAAUACUAAGUAAUCUUUACUUAGUAUUAGUAAAGUUGGCUGAAAGACAAAUUUAGGUCUUUCAGCUUUUUGGAAGAUAACUCCCUAAUACUGUGGGAAUUAGGCAGUUAUCUACUAAGCAGCUGCAAGUGGCAGCUGUGGCACAAAUUGAAUCGGAGUUUCAUUCAUUCGAAUGAAAUUCUGAUAUGAACAAAGUGCCGAAUUAAGUUCUAAAACAAACGAACAUACUGUUCUCAAUCAGUUAGAACACAAUUCAGCAGUUUCGUCUAAAAUGACAGGAAGCAUCGCGAGAUCAGAGGAAACUUAAAAAUUAUGGGAAAAUUGCUCUGACCAGUGGAAAUGAAGCACACUUUGCUCCUCUGCUGGUCAAGCGGAGGAAACCUCCAUAAGACAAAGAGUCCCUACUUUGUCUUAUGAUUUUAAAGAAAACUAAAGAAGACAGGAAGAAAAGAAGAACAGAUCCUGAGAGAGGGGGAGAAGAGGAAGAGAUUGAGGAAAGGUAAGUUCGGCAUGACAGUGCCGCUUUAAUCAGGCAGCCUCAGACUGCACGCCCCCAAUAAAAGGCUGAGGGAGCCAUUAGCUAGGUCCACGUUGAGAAAAGUGAAGUAUGGGUUUUUAAACUCCGGGUUUUUUUUUUUUUUUUUCAGUACUGUUUAGUGUCUUAGAAAUUGGGUCUGCAUCCUGCUUUGAGUGUCACUUAAAUCUUGAUCAAGCUUCCAACUUACAAUUGGUUUCAGACCACUUGCUGAAACUCUAAAAAAUAUUAAUAUAUUAUUCUAAUCAAAUCUUUUUCUCUUGCGUUUUUUUGUUACAUCAUUCUGUGAUUUUUGUUGUACAUUACAUAAUAAUUCCCCCUGAAAAAAAAUGUUCUCUCUUUCUUUUAGCUCUUGAAUUUUCUUAGAGAAUUCUCCCAGCAGAUUAUAUCGAAGACACAUGACAUAGAGAAACAGCUGGAUGGAUUGAUUCGCGAAACAAAAGCUGUCGACUGCAGGCUACACAAUGUCUUCAAUGAUUUUCUCAUGCUGUCAAACACUCAAUUCAUUGAAAAUGUAAGUUGUUUUUUUUUCUUCUCUUCUUUUCUUAUAGAGGCCAAUUCAGUAUUGUGCUCAAGUGCAGUGAGCCAAAUGUUACAAAAACUGUGUAAAAUGACUAAUAUGGUUAGCCUAGAAGAGGGGUAUCUGAAAGAUCUCAAGAUAAAGAACUACAACUCCCGUGAUGCUCUGAAUUCCUUUAACCCCUAAAGGACCAAACUUCUGGAAUAAAAGGGAAUCAUGACAUGUCAGACAUGUCAUGUGUCCUUAAGGGGUUAAAAUGAUAACGCACCUUGUAAGCUGUAGUUUUAAAACAUCUGAUGAUCUACUUUUUGGCACCCAUGGCUUAGAAACUAUUCCUAUAUAUUGACCAGUAAUAAAAGGGCACCAAAUAGAACAGUGUUUGCAGUAUCUUGAACGCAAGUUUUAAGCACCUGGCAAUGUGUUUUCAUAUUAAAGUUUACCUGUACUUUGCAUAAAUUCAUUCCUCUUGUGAUUCCUUUUAAUAUACAUUGUGCUAGCAAAAUCACUAGCUAAUGUAUAGAUUUUGCUACAAACCAUAAUUAAAAUUGUGAUUCCUGUGCUAAUUGUGCUACAGGCUCUUGCUCAGCUUUAAGCCUCUAAAAUGUGGCAACAUCAUUUAUAUAGAUAAUCACAAACUUCUAGCUGCUCAAUGUUAGUUAUGCUUGUAUAAAAAACAAUAUUAGUUUAUUUUGAAUCACUAACAUAAUCUAAAACAGACCAAGAAAACAAUGUGCUUAUAGUCCCAGAAACUAAUAUUAAGUAAGCUGUUACAUCAUAAGCUCUUGUCAAUCUUAAUUCAGCGUGAUUUCUAAAAAUAUUAACUGUCUACAUGUUUCGUAGCCAAAAAUGUCCAAUGUACUUUUUUAGAGUCUGUUCGCAUAACGCCCAUAUAAUUGCCAUAUCUUUUUAUUAGGGAUUUUGCGGGGUUAUUUUUCAAAGUAUUCUGUUCUAAAAAGUGGUGAGGCUGUGUGAUUUAAUUUUAAUUUUCUUGCUUACUUAGAGAGUGUAUGAUGAAGAGAUCGAAGAGCACAUUGCAAAGCCAGAUUCCGGAGACAAGCCUGAACAGGUAAGCGAAGUCUUCCAUUAUAGCAAUAUGAUAUGAAUACAUAAUUAUGGUCAUAUUUAUGGUCAUAUUAGAACAGCAGCCAGUACCAAUAAUGGCCAACCUUUUUUACUAUUUAAUUUACACUACUUUCCUUAAUGUAAGCGCUGAAAUCCGUUCUGGCAUAUAAAUGUAUAUUGCGUGGGCACAUUUCUUUUAUUAACUAUUUAUUAAUUUACUUUGUUUUAUUUAUUAAUCUUGUUCGUUUAAUUUUUUUAAGGAAAAAUCAAGGGAGCAGAUUGAAGCAGAGCUCAUUCCAAAAAUACAAGAAGCUGUCAACUAUGGGUUGCAAGUGUUAGAAAGUGCAUUUGAACAACUUGAUAUCAAAGCAGGGAACUCGGACUCUGAAGAUGAGGAAGUUAACGGAAGAGUUGAACUUAUUCUCGAACCAAAGGUAAAAAUAUAUAAGUGCCUCUGUAUACAUUUUUUUUUUUUUUUUUUUACAUUUGUGCUUCAAAUCUACUUGCUUCCAGUAGUCCAUAUCUGAAAUUUUGGGAAAUUAAAAUUUAAAAGCAGGAUAUCCAGACUGUACUUAGAAGCACAACAUUUAAUUUUAUUUAGUGACUUUGCCUCUUAUAUUUUGUUUUAUUAUAUGCAAAUAUUAAUACAUUGAUUUCCUUUUAGGACCUCUAUAUAGACAGACCUCUGCCUCAUUUAAUCGGUUCCCAGCUAUUCAUGCAACAAGAUGAUGUGGGUCUGGGGGACAUUUCCAGCGAAGGUGUGUUCUGUUUUACUAAAAUCCUAUUUGGGACGGCCUAUUGGUUGGUUAUCUAUGUUUACAUGUAUAGUGACUCCCCACUACAUCCGCUAUGACCAGUGUCUUUUUUUUUUUUUUUUUAUUCAUUAUUUCUCUUGUGCAUAUAAGGACAGUUAACAUUUUGUCUUGCGAUGCCAUAACCGCAUUAGCAGACUGAUUAAGAACAAUGUAUUUGACAUGGCAUGCGAUUAGACAGCACAUUUUUAUGUUAAUAUCGGGUUAGAACUGUAACGAUUAUUGCAAGAUUAAGAAAUACAAGGUUAAUCCAGAGGGUUGAUUAGGGUACGUUUAAGAAAGGCACACAUUUGUUUAGUAAAGUAGCUUGGACUCAUAUUGAUCAUUCGCGUUCUAUGGUUACAAGUAUAUAUGUUGUGUGGUCAAUAUUUGUGAUUCCGCUGUGUGCAUCUGUGUAUGUAAGCAUUGUAUAGUGUUGCAGAGGGUUAACAAGCUAGACAUAAAUACAGGCAUAGUAGGGCUAAGCAUUCAGUUUGACCUGUAAGCGAGGCACAGGUGAUAGGCAUGUCUGAUCGUUCUGAGCCUUAUUUUGCAGUAAGUUGGGCCACAUUUACAAAGACAUUUUCUGUUGUUGUGUGUCUCUACCCACAUCUAGCGGGUAAAAGGUGUCGCUUAUCUGGUGUUUUACGUAGGCUGUGAAGAGAGAGUCUCUGCUUUGUGUGCAGGGUCUGAGGCUUUGUGCCUCACAAUGUGGCCGUCCGGAUUGCCUCAGCCGAUGCCCAUCCUGGAGGCCAUGCUUGCGUGCCCGGAGGUUUUUUUUAGGCGUUGGUGUGGUGGGCGCUGUCCAUGGGAGCAGGUGUAUUCCGUGGCACUUCUAUGUAGGGGCUCAGUCCCUGCUGUGGGCGGCGGCAUGGGUCUACUCACAGCUUGCUGGUAGGCGAUUGACUCCAUAGAGGGUAGCUGAUUGUCGUGUAGGGCUCCAGGUCUUGGGUCUGGCGAGGUGUUUGCGUGUUGGUCUAGUGAAGCGCCCCAGUUCCUGCUUGUAUGGGGACGGGUGUUAGUGCCCGCAUGCCCAGUAGUCGCUUCCUGCUUUGCAGGUCGAUUGCCAUUACCCCGCCAGUUAGCUGUUUUGGGGGUCCGCGGUAGCGUUCCAUAUUGGCGGCGCCUGGUGGGUGGGCGGAUCCAUUAGGCCACCGCUUUCAUCGCUUGAUAUUGUGUCGCUGCUUGGUUAUGGAGUAUUGCCCAGAAGCUUUCACAAAGCAGGUCCAUGGCUGCUGUGGGCUGAAGCGGCAGCUGGAUGCUUGUGCCCUUUGGCUGGGGCCUGUGCUGGGCCGCCAUCUUGGCUGUGCCGCAACGGUGCCUUACCCCUAGAAGCCACGUGGCCCUCUGGUCCGUCCUCGAGUGCGCUUAGUGUGGCUGGGGAAGACUGGGCAGCCCAGUAGAAGACGCAUCCAAGAUGGUGGCGGACAGAGAAGCCUCCAGCAUCAUGACGGACACGGAGCUCCGACUAGCCGCGAUCUUCAACUCCUUUUGGUAGAAGCUGGAGGCACGUAUGCGACCUCCCCUCCCGGACACCCAGACAGAAGGCAAGCUACAAUGCCCGGUCCAGUUGGCCGCACAACGGCAAGCUAACAACCCCACAGGCUCCAUGCACCCGAUGGGCCGGCGCCUAAGGGGAGCUAUCUUGAGGAAAAACCUUCCCUAUAAUAACAGCGGCAGCCUAAAACAGACCCAGAGGACCGAGAGAGUGAACAGAACGGUGUACUCAAGCCCCCCUUACCGACAAGCUGCAGACAGCAACAGACAUCGCAAGUACAACGUGACACCCGACCGGAAGCGGGGACGGCGAGUAACGAAACCCACAAUGGUGGCAACACCGAGCCGGACCAACAACGGCACACAAACAAAAAAAGGGGCGCCUCCCGAGCACAAACAGCGGAUGAGACCAAGAAACACAGGGGCUCCCAAACGUGCAUGCAAAAUACCUCUAGCGGGUGUUGGCUGACCGGGACACUUGUCACCACAGAUGAGACAAGCUCCCCACACGUCCCACUGUCUCUAUCGCUCUGUGACCUAUUGUUACUGCAUGACUUUAAGAUACUCUUACACUAUCAUUCCCUGAGCUAGUCACAGUCACAGUAGUGUCUAUAAUUCGGUAACUCAGGUUCACAAUGCGUUUUACCCGUAGUUUAACACUCAUCUAAUGUUUAACGGUGAAUAAGCCUACAAAAGUCAGGGUUAGUUUAUGAAGCAGAUUUUUGUCUUAAUUGCAGCCUAGCCUUAAUGUCUAACCCAUAGCCCUGAUCACAUAUAUUCAGCAUGUUACUAACACAUUUGUUUACCUAACUAAACAUGAUGGAGUGCUAACGACAUAACUGUCUAGGUAUGCGCACACAGUGAACUCCCUAUUAAUGUUGAUGCUUUGCGUAGCUUAAAAUAUGAAUAUUCAAUUGUAUAAUCAGCGUAAAGUUUAAACGUGGACAAUCUCUACAUAAAUAAUUAAAAAAGGUGCACGGAUUUAUGUAAUCCCCAUUGUUAAAGUGUUGAUACUCAGCGUGAGGAAUGCUAUUGGGGCACCACACGCCUGCUGUUAUGGUUUUUCUUGCACUGCAAAAAUAAAGAAUUAAAAAAAAUAUAUAUAUAAUGCACACAUGAACAUUAGAUUGCUUCAUUAGCACAAUAGAAUCUGGUGCACAUGGCGUUGCAUUCGGAGGCUCAGUGCUACGUCCAUACAUUUUGUAAGUAUGGUCACGACAAACUGAAAAUAUUUAGCGAUGUCUGGAGCCACAGAAAGUCAGUUUCCAAAGGGGAAUCUUCUGGGUUUUAUGUAUAUCUUUAAUUACCUACACAAUGCAAAACAAUAUGACCUGACAUUUUUUUUAAUUUUUUUUUUCUGUUUUAAUGAUUACUCUCUCAAAACUCUUGAUUUCUUCAAAUUGAACUCAAGCUGAAGUAUCCAGAAUUGAGUUAAAGCCAGGUUUUCACCUUUGUUUCCUCUGGAACGCAGAGGCAAACUUCAAAUUUAUUGACCAGCCUGUACAUUUCCUAAUUCAAGGCAAAUGAUCGUGUGUACCCCAAUUGCACACACGCUCCGGUUAACGCCAAAAACCGUGAUGUGAAUUAACAAACAGAAAGUAACGUGAUGCACUGCAAUCUCAAAAUGUCACACAGUUGACCUAUAUCUCGAGAUUGCAGUGCACCACACUGCUUUUUUUUUUAUUUUAUUUUUUAACAUUUCUUAAUAAUUUUGCUUGCUGGUUUUGUUAAAAUAAAUAUGCAUUUGUGUAAUAGUAUUUAUUUUUAAGUGCUCACUGUCCUGUCAAACACCAAUGGACAAAUGUUUGCCGUGUGUUCUGCUUUGGUUAAAGGACAACUGCCAUCACGUUUUCACUUCUUGUCUAUUACAUUUAAUGAAACUUAAGGGUUACUUCAAGCAACAUGACCACUUUAGUGAUUUUAAGUGCUGGUGGUGACUAAAGUUUGGAUAUGCAGCUUUUUGCUAUGAAACACUGCAAAUACAAAGUAUAACCCUUCUAUCAGAAGCAUCAUUAGCCAGCCGGAACAAGAGUUCUGUGUGGUUAAUGCUACUUCUGAGCGGAUUUGAGGUUCUGAGACAAGACAGUCAUUUUCAGCAUGGUUUCUCACUUCAUGCCACCCUGAAAAAGGAUGAAAAAAGGAUGGGCUGUAUAUCAGUACAUCGUUAGAAGAAUCUCGGGAAGGCAGGCGAAACCCAUCACGGAGGACGUUAUUGAGAGGCAGACCCAAGAGUGUCACGUGAUCGGGGAAGUGCUGAUAGCUGGAAGUGACUGCGUGCUGGUGGUGUUUUUUGAUUUAUAUAUGCUUACUGAGUUGUGGGUUAAUUGCUGGCAUACCCACCACCAAAGUGAGAGUUUUUUUUAACCUUUUUUAUGUUUAAUUGUUUUAGAUACUAUUUAAUUGGGGUCCUUGCCUCUUUAUUCCUCUUGUACUGCACAAAAUACCAUACAUACAUCUGACUGAAUGGAGACACCUUUCCUGAUAUAAGCUGUGGGAAGUAUCCCUCUCCAGUGGAGCUAUUUAAACCAUGAGCCAGGAGUGAUAGGGCUCUGUUACAUGUGAGUGCUCUCCCAGACACACACAUAUUAUUAGAUGUAAUGAACGUUGAAAAAUCCAAGAAGCAAAAUUUUGAUGACAGUUGUCCUUUAACCUAUUUUUUAUAAGGGAAAGCAAAUUGUUCUUCAUGUUUGAUCUCUAGAUGGGAUAUGUAUACAGGGAGUGCAGAAUUAUUAGGCAAGUUGUAUUUUUGAGGAUUAAUUUUAUUAUUGAACAACAACCAUGUUCUCAAUGAACCCAAAAAACUCAUUAAUAUCAAGCUGAAUAUUUUUGGAAGUAGUUUUUAGUUUGUUUUUAGUUAUAGCUAUGUUAGGGGGAUAUCUGUGUGUGCAGGUGACUAUUACUGUGCAUAAUUAUUAGGCAACUUAACAAAAAACAAAUAUAUACCCAUUUCAAUUAUUUAUUAUUACCAGUGAAACCAAUAUAACAUCUCAACAUUCACAAAUAUACAUUUCUGACAUUCAAAAACAAAACAAAAACAAAUCAGUGACCAAUAUAGCCACCUUUCUUUGCAAGGACACUCAAAAGCCUGCCAUCCAUGGAUUCUGUCAGUGUUUUGAUCUGUUCACCAUCAACAUUGCGUGCAGCAGCAACCACAGCCUCCCAGACACUGUUCAGAGAGGUGUACUGUUUUCCCUCCUUGUAAAUCUCACAUUUGAUGAUGGACCACAGGUUCUCAAUGGGGUUCAGAUCAGGUGAACAAGGAGGCCAUGUCAUUAGAUUUCCUUUUUUAUACCCUUUCUUGCCAGCCACGCUGUGGAGUACUUGGACGCGUGUGAUGGAGCAUUGUCCUGCAUGAAAAUCAUGUUUUUCUUGAAGGAUGCAGACUUCUUCCUGUACCACUGCUUGAAGAAGGUGUCUUCCAGGAACUGGCAGUAGGACUGGGAGUUGAGCUUGACUCCAUCCUCAACCCGAAAAGGCCCCACAAGCUCAUCUUUGAUGAUACCAGCCCAAACCAGUACUCCACCUCCACCUUGCUGGCGUCUGAGUCGGACUGGAGCUCUCUGCCCUUUACCAAUCCAGCCACGGGCCCAUCCAUCUGGCCCAUCAAGACUCACUCUCAUUUCAUCAGUCCAUAAAACCUUAGAAAAAUCAGUCUUGAGAUAUUUCUUGGCCCAGUCUUGACGUUUCAGCUUGUGUGUCUUGUUCAGUGGUGGUCGUCUUUCAGCCUUUCUUACCUUGGCCAUGUCUCUGAGUAUUGCACACCUUGUGCUUUUGGGCACUCCAGUGAUGUUGCAGCUCUGAAAUAUGGCCAAACUGGUGGCAAGUGGCAUCGUGGCAGCUGCACGCUUGACUUUUCUCAGUUCAUGGGCAGUUAUUUUGGGCCUUGGUUUUUCCACACGCUUCUUGCGACCCUGUUGACUAUUUUGAAUGAAACGCUUGAUUGUUCGAUGAUCACGCUUCAGAAGCUUUGCAAUUUUAAGAGUGCUGCAUCCCUCUGCAAGAUAUCUCACUAUUUUUGACUUUUCUGAGCCUGUCAAGUCCUUCUUUUGACCCAUUUUGCCAAAGGAAAGGAAGUUGCCUAAUAAUUAUGCACACCUGAUAUAGGGUGUUGAUGUCAUUAGACCACACCCCUUCUCAUUACAGAGAUGCACAUCACCUAAUAUGCUUAAUUGGUAGUAGGCUUUCGAGCCUAUACAGCUUGGAGUAAGACAACAUGCAUAAAGAGGAUGAUGUGGUCAAAAUACUCAUUUGCCUAAUAAUUCUGCACUCCCUGUAUAUGGAGUUUAAAUGUAAUUCUAAUUACUGUUUGUUGUUGUUGAAGCAGAAGGCUCUGUAGACAAUGACAGGGGAAGCAUAAUUGACAGUGAAGAAGAAGAGGAAGACGAAGAAAAAGACAAUGAGGUAAGAGUUCCUUUUACCAGUCAUGUUCACCAAGUACAUCUGAGUCUUAUACUGCUAAAAUUUUCUUACAGAGCCACUAAACAUUUUUUAAUUUUAAUUGUGGCUAAUAUAGAAGAAAAAAGAGGCGGCACUUUUACAGGGGCAGCAUUAUGCUGGUCCCCUGUACAUGUUAACGAGUCCGCAACAAGCGUUUAUCUAUGGACCGCAGAGGCAGCUCUUAAGGUGAGUAAGCCGGCCGCUUAAGACCUGUCAUUGACUGGGGCUCUACAGCCACCUACUAUGCCUUUGUGUGCGUGACCUAGGGGCCCGGUAGCGUGCCCUGUAUGCCGAUUUGUGCAGUGCCCCGCCACUCAGUCUGCCCUUGGGGGGAGAGAGAGCCCAGUGCCUCAGGUCUGCAGUUUCACUGGGUGCAGAGUUGCAGACUAUGUGGUUGAGGCCUUGCAAGUCCGGACAAUCAAAUUGGCUGCAUUACCAUGGCAACGCUCUGACACUUUAAAUACUGGAGUUUGCAAGACCUCUACCACAUGUACUUAAACUCUGCACCUGCCAAAGCUGCAGACCACAUAACAAGGCCACUGGGCCACCAGGGAGGGAGACCACUGGACCACCAGGGAAUUGAUCACCAGAUAAAAAAAGAUAUUUCAGUGGGUGGAAGACGGUCAUUAAGACACACACGGUUACCCCCUCACACGCAUAUACUGUCACACUCCCAUUAAUUCCUCCUAAUCCUGUCACUCUCCCCCUCCCCCUCCAACCAUACCACGCUUACCUGCCCUCGCUCUGCCACAUGCACAGUAUCAUAUUAACCCCCUCAUCCUGUCAUUCUCACCCCUUCUGACUAUAUCACUCACCUGCACUCGCUCAGCCAUACUCGCCAUAUCAUAUUAACCUACUUAAUCCUGUCACACUCGCCUUCUCUUGCACUGUCACACUUCUCUUCUAUCACUCUGUCAAUGAAAUGGUCAAUUUAUCUUUAUGAACUACUUCAUUUGGAUAUGGGGGUGACAGUCGCCUUAAACGCUUGUUUCACCUUGCUUUUGUAUAAUUGUUUUUUCCUUACGAAGAAUCUUCUAUUCAUAUUUUUUAAUUGUCCUCGUUAUUAUAGGAAUCAGAUGAUGAUGAUUUUGGAAAUUCUGAAGAUGAUAAGAAGCUGGUAAGACUCUGUUAUAUGUUAUUUUAAAUAUGUCUUAUCCUUAAAUGUUUUACUACAAACUGGGUUACGUUUGUGCCCUCUGAAGGUCAAAUACCUAAUGACAUCCAUAUUUUAAGGUGAAUGAUGAAUAUGUACCUGGAAAAUUUAUGUAAUCUGUCACAUAAGAAUUUUUUUUAUAUAUAUAUAUAUAUAUAAUUUUUUAUUUUUUUUUUUGUUUUUUGUUUUUUUUAAGUUCACAUGCACAAGUUGAUGCCUGAGCAUUCAAAGCAGAACAUGUUUUGGGCCAGGGAUAAAUUAUAAUAUUUUGCUAGCCGCAUGGACUUUUUCUACCUAUUAAAGCUACUUGAAUGCAUUGGUAACCCAGGGUUGAGAAAGUUGGGUUUUUAAAGUGAAGAACUCCAUCCAGAGUAGAAGAGAUAACAGUAUUGGGUGAGAGAGAGGAAUAUGCUGGGAGUGGCAGAAGGGAUGAAAUUUUGGUUUUUGUUGAAAGAAUAAGGAAAAUUAUGUUUCUGCUUAGAGUAUGAGUGCUGAAUUAGUAAGGGAAAUUAGGAUAGAAGUAGUGGUCAGCAGAUGGAUUAUGGAGGCUAGAAUGUUUGGCCGCCGGGCAACCUGAAAACCGGAUGAGGUCAAGAUUGCCUCCAUGAAUGGGUGGCAGUGGGGGGAAAUUAUGUUAGAGAGGCCAACGAAGGAGGUGCAUUGGAGGAUACAGAUUCAGCAAAAGCGAUUUCAAAUUCCAAGGGGGCUGUUGAGUGGGAUGAAGGUGGAUAGAAAACAGAUAAAUGAGAAGAAGCACGGAAGGGAUGAUAUAUAGAUAUAGAUAGUAUUUUUAGGUAGACUUGAAAAAAAUAGGAGAAUUUUCGUUUUAAAUAAUGAAAGGUGAAGAGGAGGAGGGUGGUUGCAUUAGCUGCAGGAAUAUAAUCGGAGGAUGUAAGGGUGCCCAUUCCAAUUCGGGACCCAUUGUGUUGAAAAAAGCUGUGUUAACAGCAGCAAGUGUAGAAGUAUUUUAUAGGAAGAAAUCAUUUUUUAAAUCGGGCCAUGAAAUCCAGCUGGUGGAAUUGGUCUAUUGCAAAGGGAUCUUGCUCUCAAAAGAGAGAAGGGCAUUUAAAAGAUUACAUCAACCAAACUGUGUUCAAGAAAGCAUUGUCUCCUCAUUUCCCCAUAGCGAGCCCUGCACACAUCAAUUAAGUGGUCACGGUGCUUUAUAUAACUGCGAUUUGUAUAAGGAUAUGGGUAAAAAAUUGGUUGAGGGCCGCUUUGAGCAGGAAGACCUGAUUCGUAUAGUUAGUGGGUAAAUGAAGCUACUGUAAUUAGCAUGACAACUUUAGACGACAUAAGUACCGGGAUGGGGAAUUUAAUAGGGAGCAUGACGGAUUGAAAGACCUGUAUAUUGGAAAUAGAGUUAAAGAUCUAUUGUGUUUAAAGUAGGAGGAAUUGCCCAGUGUGUCUUUGGUGAAUGAGUGUAUGAGAGGUGGUAAUUAGAAAGAAAUGUCAGUGUUUCCUAUGUGAGCUUUUCUUAAUGCUUUAUGCUAAAAUAAUGUAGCCUUUAUGGUAUAUCAAUAUUAAAUAACAAAUGUAAAUGUUUGAGUGUUGAACACUUUGAAAACAAAAGGCUUUAGACCUCUUUACAAAUUCUGAAUUUGUGAUGUUUUUAUGUUUACUCUAAAUUCUAAAGCGCUCGGCCUUAAGUGAUGAAGAUGACGAUGAUAAUGGCUCAGAUCUGUUUGGUGAUUCAGAAAAAGAGGAAGAGGACACUGAAAAAUCUGUAAGAAUGAAUGUUAUGCCACAAAGCAUUAUUUUAUUUAUUUUUCAGGUUCUGGUGAAUAUUCUUAAAUGUUUCUUAGAAUGUAACAAUGUGUAUUUUGUUAAUUUAAAAACAAAAGUUGAUGCAAGUUUAAUAUUCAUCAUUGAUUUAAUACUCCGUCUACAUAUUUUGUUAUCAAUGGAUUGGAAAAAUUGAGCAUUUUAACAAAUUCUAAGUUUUAUUAGGUGCCAUGUUAUGUGUGCUAUCAGAAUAGUGUGUGGUUUCCUGUACAAAUUGUUCUCUCUGCUCUCUGCUCUCUGCAAAAUGAAAUUUGAGUUUUUCAUAAAAAUAAAAUCUGGGUUACUGCUUUAAAGAUGCACUCCCAGCAAUUCUACGGCGCGUAUUAGAUCAUCAUGCAAAAAUCAUCCUGAUUUUAUGUUGAGUUUUUUUGCGUUUUAAUUUGUUUUUGCAUGAUGCUAAAUGAAGAGCUCGCAAUUUCAAGUCCUGAGCUGCUAUCCACGUCUAAACAUAACCCCCACCACUUAAUCAGUUUUCACUCACGAACAUCAAAUGGGGAUUUUGAGUCUUUUAGAUACCUAUUUGUUUUGCAGAAAGGCUUUUUAGCUUGUGUUCUUCCAACUGGAAGGGAUUGAAGCUAAGAAACAAUGCAGCUAUUUGUACGUUUUACACAAAUACCUGUUCUUUUUGUAAUGUACGUUCAUGGAGACCCUCUAAUUUAAAGUAAAUAAUUAAGUGAAUGCAAGCUUCUGACACCUUUAUUUCACUUCUAUGAACGUUAUUCCUGCUUAGCAUGCUAAAAUAAUCGCCAGUGACCGCUUCACAGGCCUUUAUCAAAUGUAAUUGCGAGGUCACUUCUUAUGAUGAUGGUAACUUGCAGAGGACUUAAAAUGGCUGGCCCUUUUAAACAAGAGUAAGCCAGGAGACGCACCAGAAAGGGGCAUUUUCUUAAAUGUAUGCAUUGCGAAAGAAUACCUUCAGACUAUAGUAAAUGUAAUCUUUCAUUUUAAAUAAUUAUUUCCAAAAAAGGCUGUUUUCCUUUAAGAUGUGACUGUGCAUAAUGUAUGUUGUGUGUGUGUGUGUGUGUGUGUAUGUAUAUAUAUAUAUAUCCGCGUGCUUCUGUGUAUGUGCGUCAGGGUGUGUGUCAGGGUGUGGGCAUGUGUGUAUGUGUCGGUGUAUUUAUAUGCAUCUGUGUGUUAAUGUGCAUGAAUAUCUGUGUAAGUAUGUAUGUAUGUAUGUGGUAGUUUAUGUACAUACAUCCAAGCAGUCAAACACCAGCACAACAUACAAACACACUCCUGCAAUCUAACUCAAAUAUUACAUACACACACACACACACACACACAACUGCAUUCAAACUAAAAAAUAUAAUUUCAAACACAAAUGCACAUCCGCAUUUAAAAAUGAACUACUUUCAGACACACCCCUGCAAUCAAGCCCAAACAUUACAUACAAACGCACCCCUUCAAACACCAACACUGUACAUUACACUAUAGCGCCAGUAAAUGAUGCAGCGCUGUACAGAUACGCAACCUAGAAAUUUUGACUUGGGGUGCCCUUGGAAAAAUACUGAAAUAUUAAGGGCGCGUUGAACCUAAAAAGUUUGGGAACCACUGCUCUAUAUCAUAAUAUACAUUGAGUAACCUGUUUUUACUUGCAGUUAAAGACUAGGACUAAAUCUUUUGCUGAUGAACUAGCUGAAAGGAUUCAAGCAGAUGUUCCGAAAAAGUCAACACCAGACCAGUCAUGUGAGUCCUGGCACCCUCACAUGGGUCUAUUAACUAAAUUGUGAAUUGAAUUGUAAAAAUAAAAACCUCCAAGUUUGUUUUUGGCCUAAAAUGUGCAAUUACCUUACCAAUUCUAUGGAAUUUCCAGUUAUGACAAAUUCCUUAUUUUGACUGCGGUAACCUCUACAGCACCAAUCCUGUUACUUUGUUUUCUGCUCGAACAAGUGGGUUUUUUUUGUUUUGUUUUUUUAACUUUUUUUAUUUUUUUUUAUUUUAAGAUCCCAUUAGCGUCCACAGAAAAAGCUUCCUUAAAUAGGAUAUUAUUUGAAUUCUUUCUUCAGUGAAAUAUUCAUAAACACUACCAAAUGAUUGUUCUGUUUUUGCAGAGAUUAAUUUGUGGGACUGUCAGCCUUAUUUAAUUCCUGCGCUCCCUCAUUUUUUAAAAGUUUUUUUUUAAAAAUGGCAGUAAUAACUGAAGUGAUGAAAAGUUAACUCGCGUUUUAUACGAUUACAAACCUGGCACAACUGGGGGGUGGGGGGGGGGAUCCAGUAAGGUUCAUACAGAUUUUGAGAAUAUAAAUAUGACAUUAUAAUGGGAAAAUGGCCUUUACAUUUUAAAUAGAACUUUAAAUAGAGCUAUUUGUAUUACUGUAUUUAUUUUUGACAACAAGAGGUCAGGAUCCUAAUGGUUUUAGGUAUUGCUGGAUUUUUAUUCGUUUUAUUCUUUUUGUUAUUCUGAUGAUUUGUGUUUAUUUAAUUUUUAGCUAUAUCAUCAUUAGAAGUUAAAUCCAGGAAAGAGAAAGAAAAGAGCAAAGUCAGAAAAUUGCCUUCAGAUGGUAAGACCUUUUUGAAUAUCCAUAUUGAAUGUGAACUAUAUCCAAUUUGAUUGGUUGCCUGUUCCAUUACACAAAAGUGUAGAUUUUGAGAGAGCCUGGGUAAUAGUGAGGGUGACAAAGGAGAAGAAUUAUCAAAGUAUUCUGUUCUAAAACAUGACCUUCUUCCAUUUGCAUGCACAUUAAGUCGGAGAGUGUUUGAAAACAGAAAUGGGUAUAUUCACUAAAGUGUCUGUUUAAAAUUAUUUUCAAAUUUAAAGGAAAACUAUAGUCACCAAACAAGUUAAGUUUUUGUGUAUAGAUAAUGCUGUCUCACUCACUCAAUGCUGCUCCAUUCUCUGCCAUUUAGGAGUUAAAUCACUCUGUUUCUGUUUAUGCAGUCCUAGCCACCCAUCACCACUCCUCCCCCCCAAGGUCUGACUGACACAGCCUCCAUUAAAACAAAAUGGUUUCACUUUACAUCGGAUGUAACUUACAGAUUCUAGGGUCUAGCAAGCUAUUAACCGAGCAGGAGAUAAAAAAGAAAUCUAGUGUAAACAUUAGAUGACUCUUUACAGGAAGUGUUUAUGAAGGCUGUGCAAGUCACAUGCAGGGAGGUGUGGCUAGGGCUGCAUAAACAAUGUGAUUUAUCUCUUAAAUGGCACAGAAUUGAACAGUUAGACUGCAAGGACAUGAUCUAUACACCAAAACUGCUUCAUUAAGCGAACGUUGUUUUGAUGACUAUAGUGUCCCUGGGCAAAAAUAUCCAAACUGGAACUAUUUUCUAAGCCAGCCAUGCUAUUAUUUUGGCUACUCUGGCCUUAAAUUUGAAAUUCACUUUAACCUUGUUAGUCUCUAUGGUCUUCCCUGCUUUACUCCUGUCACAGAAACAGAUAAGACCAUAGAGACUGUCCUUGUUUUUUUUGUUUUGUUUUGUUUUACAAAUACUUUUAUUUAAAACUAUGUAUUUCCUUUUACUACUUAAUGGAAAUAUUUAAAAAAAAUAUAUGUUCGAGGUGACUGUUGAAGCACAAGGACUUUGUUUGAAUGUCUGCUCUGUACAUCAUAGUGUAGAAAGCAAAUUGUACUAAAGAUUUUACUAAACUGUUAUUUGUAAUGAAAACUAGGGUAUUGAAAUCCAGACAACUAUUUUAUAAUUUGUACGUUUGUUCUCCUCAAUCAAGAUGAAGAUGAUGACCUUUUUAAACCACCCAAACUGACCGAUGAGGAUUUCUUACCAUUUGGAAGCAAGGGUCAUCUUUUCAGUGGUGGAGAAGGGCUUUUUGAUGAUGAUGAAGAGGUUGGUAUAAAGAGUUGGGGUGGGGGGUGGAGUUCUUUAAAGCUUCUGUGGCUUAUCAUUUGUUUUUUUUUUUUUUUUUUUAAAUGUAUGGCAUUAAAAACGAAUUUCUUAAUAUCUACCUUCUUUUCUUAUUUCCACACAGGGUGAUCUUUUUGCAGAAGCUCCAAAAAGAGAAGUCAAACAAACUGAUGCAACUCCUGUAGUGAAUACAGGUAAGAAUUUUCUUUUCUGUUUCUUUUUCUUUUCUUUUAGUAACAAUGUAUUUUUAUGAUUAUUUUUGUUUUCGAUCACCAAUAUAUUUAUUAUAUUUUGUGUGUCUGUGUGUAUAUAUUUAUCCUCUCCCUUCCCCUUCCCCCUCUCCAUUUUUUGUUUCUUUAUACCACAGAAACUUUGUCAUCGAAUACCAAAAGGAAGCCACCUGUCGGAGGAAUCUCUCUUUUCCCAGGUAUGAAAUAAUUCUUUGUGAGGAACGAAUGAAAGGUCUACAACAUAUUCUGGUUUCUGGAGAUUUAUUUGUGGUUUUGUUAUUUAUUUUUACUAUUGUUAUUCCUUUUAUUUCCACUACGUUUAAAGGGUAACUGGCAGCAUCACAAAUGUGUUUGUGGGAUGUGAAAAAAAAAAUAUUAGGAGUAAAACAGCUUUGUCCUUUGUACCUGGAAGCUACCACAGAGGAAGAGGAGACCUGAAACAAUGUUUUUGUUUCUCCUUUUCAUUUGCAGUGUUUGCCCUUUCUUUGAAUAAACUGGAUUAUUGAGUAAUUUUCUAACUCUUUAACAUGCAUUUUAAAAGAAAAUAAAGCAUCUUGUGAAAUGGGUUUAAGCAAGUAAUAGGUGAUUUCCAGUAUUUUAAUCUAUAGUGUAAUUUUCAGGGGAGUAACAAUUCCCCUUUAUAUGGGGAUGGUUGGGAAGUCCACCCUGGAUUGUCCCUUUGAACAAUUUGUGUGCGUCAUAUUCCCGGUAAUAAAUAUGUUGGUGCCUAAUAGGUGGAAUGUUGGUACCCUUUGACCUGAGAAAUGCCAUUAAUAUUGCAGGUGGAGAGGAUGUGAUUGGCGCUUCCCUUUUGGCUAACAAGGAGAAGACCAAGCAUCCCACUCCUACCACAGAUACAGAUCCAAAGCUGACCACAAGCACAGUGUUGUUUGAUGAUGAGCUAUUUGGAUACAGUGAUGUACAAUCAACCGCUAAAUCAGGUUAGUAUGUGUUUAUAUACUUUGUGUGUGUACAGGAAUUGGGAAAUAGAGUAGCUUGGCAAAUACUUUGUAUAGGACUGUGAGAUGCAUCCCAUCUCAGCUGUACUGUAUAGAUAAUGCAACGAAAUAUACAACAGCCAAUCCAAAAUUAUAAAAGAUGUAAAAAAACACACUUGCUAUGUGUGAAUAGUAAAUGCCCUGUAAGCAGAUAGUAUUGACGAGUCUCCCAGAUCAGGGGUGUUUUUUUUUUGUUUGUUUGUUUUUACAAUCUGUUAAUUUAUUUAUUUUUGAGAAUGUUUGUUUUUUAUUUAUCUUUUUUUGUUUAACUAUUCCUUCCUUUACUCUUCACCUCUUUCCAUUCAGAACUUGUUUUUUUGUUUGUUUUUUUUUGUUUUUGUUUUUUGUUUUUUUUUACUCCACAAUUACUUCUCGAAAUCAACAAAAUUUCAAAAUUUUGGAGUUCUAACUUAAGGAUAACGCAUUUGAGCAUGUUCACUUCCUAUUUAUUAAAGACUAAAUUAUUAUCUUUAAUUCAUUGUUAUUCUCAUACCUACAGAGGUACUGGUAGUCCUCACUUAGCAAAUUACCUGUUUACCGGCUGCUUGGACAUACGACCAGCUCUCUAGCGCAGGGAAUCCCCCAAAUCUGUGUCGCAGGAAUUCCCUCAAAUAAAGAUUUGAGUGAUUUGGUCUAUGUUUGGGGGAAUUCCCAUAAACAUUGACCUGCUUUCUAGCGCAAGCGAGACCUGGUUGUCAGGCUGGUGUGAGUCCAAUUAGCUUUACGACCUAGUUGUAGGAACGGAACUCUGUAGGUAAGUGAGGAGUGCCUGUAUAUGCAGUAUUUCUUUUGCUAGUUGUACAUGUUCAAUGAUUGUAAAUAAUGCAUCCUUAACAUUAACAUAUCUUUAUAUUGUAUAUUUUUUAUUUUUCUUCUGAUAUAUACAUUUAUUAAAAAAAAAUUAAAUAUACAUGUUGCUUCAUCAACCUUGAGUCUUGCCAAUUCAAGAAAGUAGCUUGGCCUCUCUGUCUCUUCUAUGGAGUCUGAACAAAGGUUUGUGUGGAAGAGGGACUAGUUCACUCCACGUUCUAAUCAGUGCAGAGAUUCCUGCUACUUCUACUUUAGUUAUCCCCUUUAUUAUUAUGGAAGCUGUUAUCUAAAAUGCAACUUUCUGAAACCAACCGUUGUUGCGUUUUCUGACGACACACACAAUUUUGUUGGGCUUCAAUGUUUUGAUAGGGAGAGGGACAAUACAAAUGCUGUAACAUGUCCAUGUACAAAAUCAGUACAGUGUACAGGAACCAUAAAAAGAAAGUAUUUCAGGAUUGGGGGAUAUAUGACACAUUUUAAGAGAACAAAAUAAACUGUACAAAAGUGAGCAUAUUACUAAUACAGCAUAUUAUUCAGGCCUAAUGCUAUCACAUGCAUGAAAGAUUUUGGGCGUCUUAAGUGUUCCUUGAACUGACAGCUUAAUGGAUUACCCUGUUUGAAGAAAGUUACAGAAGCCAUGGAAUGAAAUAAAAUUUACCAUUCAAGUUUAGCCAAGAUUUUUUUUUUUCUGUUUUCAUGGACCGUUGGGUUUACCUGAUUUUAUAUAUAUUUUUUUUCAAAAUUAAAUAUUUUCUUUUCUUACUUUUAGUAAAAGCUAAACCGCCAUCUGACCUGUUUGCUGAUGAAAAAGAUGACUUAUUCAAGGACAAGCCAUCCCUUCCUCCAGCAAUUAACAAUGCAAAGGAAACCAGCAGAACAACAACACAAAAGGUCACUGACAAAAAGGUACAUGGGUAAUGGAGGAAAAAGCUAACCACUGUGAAGCUCGCUAUAACAAACGUAUUUGGUGGGGAGGUGAAAAUGUAUGUUUUUUCUUGAAGAAAACAAACCGUAUUGCCACUACAGGUACACUCUUCCUUUGUAUGACCUUGCAGUUUGCAAAGAUUGUGAACCUAGUGUAUUGCUUUAAUUCUGGUGCUAGGUGUUAAAGACUUGCUAUGAAACCUGCUGGGCCUUAAAACUUUGAAAGGUUAAACACAUUACACCUACCAUUUUUCAUGCAAUGCUCUUCAUCUCUGUACAUCUACAUGUAAUUAAAGGGAAGGGAUUCAAUAGUGUUAGGAAUACAAAUCUGUAAUACUAACACUGUAGAGCCCUCUGGCAGCUAAAGGGUUAAAUAUUUAGUCACUUGCACGAUUCCAGCGCUGAUGUCCCUCAGCCUCCUUUUGACUUGGGGCUAAUGCCCGAGCGCCAGAUCGCUUAAGGCCCUCUCCAUAGGAAAGCACUCUCCAUCUGGGAUAAAAUGAAGUGGUCUGGGUGACUAUAGUGUCCCUUUAAGCAGCAAAUCACGUCACAUACUGGGAUAUAUAAAUAUAUUUAUAUAAGUGUAUAUAUAUAUAUAUAUAUAUAUAUAUAUAUAUAUAUACAUGUACACACUGUUGUAACCACAGUAUUCUGAAGUACUAUGGAAGCCAGAUAUACAGGUCUUUUAAGCUAUCAUUUGCUACACCGGCUUGUUCGCUCAAAUGUGAUUAUUUUCAAUUUUGAAUACGUACACACACACACAUGGUAAUUUCAAAUAUAAGGUCAAAAUAGCCUAAAUGAAAAACUUCGCUAUAUGCUCUAUGCUUUAAUUUCAGCUGCUCUGCCCUUAAAUUUUGAGUUAUCACUUUAGUAAAUAACCCUAACUUUAUGCAUAUGUGUUGGAAAUUGAUAUUUCCUAAACACUUGGCUAUUAACCACAUUUAAAUUAUUUUAAUAGUAGAGUAAAAUCAUACACCACUAUUGUGUCUAAACAUACGUUGUAUUUCGUACCCAUGGUAUAUCAUUACAAAAGUGUAAAUGAACAAAUCAAGAAGGAAAAACGGUAAGAGAGCAGAAUAUGCACAUGGGAAAUUAAGCUUGCUGAAAUGCUUUAUGUGUCUUGAAAGGAAAGGGGUUUUGUUUUUUGUUCUCGGUCUGAAGAAAUGUUUAAUUUUCAGAGUCUGCACAGAUGUUCAAACGGCAACUAGCAAAAAAAAAAAAACAUUCGAUGAUACCAUUUUUCAUUUGUAGGGUAAUAGCUGCUUGAUCCAAGGAUAAAUCUGACUGCCAUUCUGGGGUCAAUAAGGUUUUUUUUCCUAGUUUGUUGCAAAGUUGGAAGUGCUUCAAACUGGGGUUUUUGCCUUCUGUUGGAUCAACAGCAAAAAACAGAUGUGAUGAAUGUGUGAACUUGAUGAACAUAUGUCUCUUUUCAGCCAAUGUAACUAUUUAUAAAAGUGCUGAUUUCAAUAGAAACCGCACUUUUAUUAUUGGAAGUAGAAACAUCUCCCUGGCCGUCAAUCAGACAGACAGCCAGGUUUUCUUCCACUUCAAAUAGUUUUGCAGAGCUAAAAGAAGGAGCAGGCAUGCUGGAGCGCGCCUGCCUGCCUCUCUUCUCAAUGAAGUGUAUUAAAGCUUAAUCAGAAGAAUAGCACAUGCGCUCGUGGUUCUAGCACAGAGACUUCUAAACAAGAAUCCUUUGAUUGGCUUAUUCCCCAGAACAGACUGAAAGUCUCGGAGUGUUCCUUUAAUACGGUGUGUUAAUUGUGCUUCAGAGUAAAUAUAUUUUGUGAGUUUUUAUUAUGUUGCCUCUAAAGCUAUUGUUGCAAAUGUCUUUUUAUUAGAGUCAAGUCCCUGUAGAAAAAGCUAAGCCAACCGAACCCUCAACGAAAAAACAAGCUAGUGGUCUCUUUUCUGAUGAGGAUGAUUCAGAGGUAUGUUCCUAUCUGUGUGAAUGAUUGCAUGACCGUUCAAAUCUCCUCUUGUGUACUAUAUCAGAAGUGUCUAAUUAAAAUGUUUGUUUUUAACUAAAAUUUCUAAACAGCCAUAAGUAUAGCAGAUAACCGAGGGAGGUUUCUCCAAUAGGGACUGGAUUUUGUUUUUCCUUAUUUUAUUUUUUUGUAUUUUAUUAUGCAGUUGACUGCUUUCCAUUUAUACAAUAUUUAUCUGAAAGGAUACUAUUAUCUACAGAGGUACAUGCUGUGAUUAAAUGUACAUUCUGGAUCCGUAAAGCACUUAAGUGUGCUGAAUUGCUUUAUAGGUGAACAGUCUGUCUUCAGUGGAGCUAAAUUCAAGAGGCAGGUAGUUGCCCAGAGCACCUGCCUUGCAAAGACUUCUCACUGAUCUGCAUUAGGAAGUCUGGGAUUGGACAGCCACAGAUAGUCUAUGUUGGGUUAGAAGGGGAGGGCUUGCUAACAAGAGAACAGCAGGCUUUACAUGUGCACUCAAUGAAAAAAAACAUUUUCUUUGGGGUAUAUCUACUAAGCAGUGAGGUGUUUUUUUUGUUUGUUUUUUGUUUUGUUUUUUUGUUUUUUGUUUUUAUGGGCAGUGAAGUGCUUCUUUAAAUGUUAUCCCUUUUUGGUGGAUGUAGUUUUUCUUUCCAUGAAAUGUUGAACCUCAGAAAGGGAGAUGCCUUCCUUUACAAAAUGUAUAUUGUCCACCUAGUGUCUGUACCGUGCCCAUUGGGAAGCCAUUGAAAGUGAACACCUAGCAGAGAAGUUCUAAGGGAUUUGUAAUAGUGCCACUGCUUCAAGAGAAAUCUUUAUUGAAAUGCCUUGUUUGUGACUUCUGUAACACUAGUUUAACGCAUAAUAUUGUAAAAAUGAAAGGAAUCGUUCGAUAUCAUGCUCUGUAGUGCAAAAACUGUUUAGUACACAGGUUUUACAGCAGUGCGCAAUGUAACCGAGUUAUUGACAAGAUAACUACGUAUUGGCAUAGAAGGAUAGAGGAUCCUGCAUUUGAGAGUUUAAAAUCAAGAUAGAGAUAUAAGUGAUGGAUACUGACAGGAAGGGAGUAAUUUGUAAGAGAAAAUUCAGGUUCUGAAAGACCGUUUGUGGUGAGAAAUGAUGGCUAAGGUGUGGCGAUGCCAAGGCUGUAUGUGUCAUGUUACAUUGAUUCCUUUCUGGUUUAAAAGAAGCCCAUCCUACUUUCUUUUUAUCUUUUUUUUUUUUCUCUCUUUUUUGUAAAUCAGUUUAUUGACUUUGUAACAAGUACGCAUGUUAUACAUAAACGAACAGUGCCGAGAUAGGCAUGUAGUGUUGUGUAUGGGUUUCACUCUCUGAUAACCUAGCCUAUGUGGAAUCCAUGUAGGGUGUGAGUUCCCUUAGAAAGCCUAUAGAGGUAUAUGAGACUCUCACUCUAGGAGUGGAUCCCAAGGGGGUCUCUCCUUACAAGAAUUGCGUGAGAUCAUGGGCAUUCAGGAGAGCAGAGCUCGAAAACUGUCAGACACUGAGGAUACAAGCCAAUGUGUCCAGAUCGUUGCAUAUUAAUUUAUCUGUCAGUUGCACUAAAAAUCAGUUCUUCCAUGGAGUGCAGUUCCUCCAUUUAUGAGUACCAUAUCUGCUUAGGUGGCAGCGCUGAUCGCAUCCAUUUCACUGGGAUUAGGCUCUUGGCUUCGCUAAAAAUGCAAAUUGUGUCAUUUUGUAUGCAACUGUGGGGGUAUUCGUGUAGCGGAGUAGAAACGAGGCAGGCUGAAAAGGGGGUUUUAUCUCAGAAGUAGUUGAUCAUAGUGUGUAACUUUUCACAGAGCAGCAAUCUCACCAAACGUGUAGGUUCGAGCCUUUGUGACAGUGCCAGCCAAGCCCCGAAGGGGAAGUGUCAAUGGCCUUCAGUUUCUGCGUGUCUUGCUGCACUAGAUCUCUUAUCUUCUGCCACUGUGGCACCAAAAGUGUUGUUUCCAAUGCGGCCUCCCAAUGACCAAAGAAUAAGGGUUCAUGGUUUAUUUUAUAGAGUGGUAUAUAGGUGUAAAAUCACAUACUCUAGAGGCUCGGGUUCCAGACAAAUCGAUUCGAGUGGAGUGAAAUCAAGGAACACCUGAUGAUGUUGUUGGAUGCCCUUUAAAUAAAUCUGGAGUUUAUAAUAUCUACAUGAAGGAUGGUUCAUGUCUGGUUGUUGGUAAGGUCUGGUAAUGUUUCAAGUUUUCAACUUUUUGCUACAUGUGUAGCCUGAGGGAGAAGGGACCUCAGAGCCUUUGAGUCAAUAUUUGGCGGGAAUGCGAGGUGAAAUGUCAGUGGUAGUAGCUGGAAAUUAAGUAAAUUCCAACCGUUGUGCCAAGUCUGUAGGGUAUCCCUGACCAGGUGUGCGACCUUGCCAGUUUCCUGUUAUGUUCCAUUCUCACCCAUAACAGGGUUUGGAGGGGACUCCCUAUCUGAGUUUCUUCUAUUGCUUUCUAGAGCAGGCAUAGGCAACCUUCGACACUCCUGAUGGUUUGGACUACACCUCUCCAAGGACGUAUCUUACGCGAGGCAAACAAGGCAUCUGCAUUGGGCGGCACUUUGCAGGGGGUGGCAAAAAAAGCCGCCCCCAAACGCCCAGGCAGAUGACAUGUUUGCCUCGUUUCCUGGGGGGCUCAAGAGCUGGCCGGCUGGCCGAGGCGGGCAGCGAGGGAGCAUGCUCACCUCAGCGCCGCUUAAUGAAGCCGGGAGCCGGAAUAUGACGUCACUCUAGCUCCCGGCAUCACUAAGCGGCGCGUGAGGGAGCUGAGCAGGGAGAUUAAAGCUCCCUCGCCACCUACUCAGCCUGUCUGCCCCCUGCCUGCCUGCCCAGCAGCCCCACUGGACUGCAGGUAAGCCAUACACUCCAGCUCUCCCAGGGAGGCUGGGUGGAUUUAAAAUAAAAUUUACAAAAAUAAUAAAUUGUGAGUGUUGGUGGAAAUGUGAGUGAAUGUGUGUGUGUGUCUGUCAGUGUGUUUCCGAGUAAUAGUGUGUGUCUGUCUAUCAGUGUGGCAAAUCAGUGAGUGUGUGUGUAUGUCAUUGUUUGUCAGUGUAUAUGAAAGUGUGUGUCUGUCAAUAAGUGUAUGCAUCUGUCAGUGACAGUCAGUCAAAGUGCGGCCUUGACAGGAAGGGGUAGGAAAAAUUUUAAUUUUGGGGAAGGGGGUUGCCCGAGCACCGUCCUGCCUAGGGCAGCACAAAUCCUAAAUACACCACUGCACUUCUCAUGAUGUUUUGCCAGCAUUAUGGGUGUAAGUGCAUUAUGGGGGAUAUAGUCCACAACAUCUGGAGUGCCAAAGGUUGCCUAUCCCUGUUCUAGAGUCUGUCUAUGCCUAUUGUAGCCCACUCCACCACCCGAAGUAGAUGUGUUGCUUGGUAGUAUAAUUUAAAGUCAAGCAACGCCAGGUCCCCUUUCAGUUUUAGCAAGGUGAGCGUUUGAAAUCAAAGGCGUGACUUUGCCAUUCUCUAAACGUACCUGAUGAGAAAAGACCUAAGUGUUUUGGAAAAUGUGUUGGGCAGUGAAAUGGGGACAAUUUAGAACAUCCUUGGCAGCAAGUUCAUUUUAAUGAAUGCUAUCCUACACAGAGAUGUUUGGAAGAUCCUAGUUCUCUACAUUCUGCUGAAAUCUGGUAAUCAUUGGUAGGAAAUUCUUAUGAUACCAAGAGGUCUUGAUUUUUUUGUAAUUUUUUUUUUUUUGAAGGUGGUACUGGAAUGGAUCGCAUAAUAUUAUCUCCACUUGUUACGUACUAGAUCCUAUUUAAUGAAGAAGAAAAAAACGAAAUAAAUUUGCUUUUGAUUUCAGGCGGACUUAUUUUCCCCAAGCCAAAGUACUGGAAAACCCAAAACAACAUUACCAGCAACAAGGCCAAGCAAAGCUCUAUCUCUGUUUGAUGACGACGAUGAGGAGGUAUGGAGGUAUCCAUCUUCUUUAACCUCCUGCAGUAUUCAUGCUAUGAGAUGUUUCUGUUUCUUGUUGCAUCUAAUCCUAGUGUUGAUAUGCGCAAUAUACAACACUAUCUGGAACUUCAUGCCAAGCCAGGCCAUCUAUAUUUUUAUUUUUUUAACUUUUAGUAUCAGACAUCAUGUGUUUUAUGUGAGUAUUUUUGACCUGGAGGUAUUCUUAUGUAUAUUUCCAGGUAAUAUUUUAAGAAUAGUUUUUGUGUUCAUGUGAAAAUUAUAUUUUGGAGAUUGCUACAUUACGAGUCGAUUCUGUAAACUGCUACCAGCUUUCCAUUUUUGUUUCUCGUUCAGACAUGCCCUGGUAUUCAGAAUCAUGUUAAUUCUACGUGUGAUAUGUUUACUACUUAUGCAUUCCCGAUUGCUCUUAUAUCUAGUGAUUGUAUGUUCCGUUCUUCGUUUGUCUAGGAUUUGUUUGGUUCUAUAACAGAAAAGAAGCCCUUGCCUGUUGCGGUGAAACCAAGCAAGCCAUCGCUGUUACCUGCAGAAACCAAGAUUCAGAAAUCAGGACUUUUUAGCAGUGAUGAAGAGGUAAAAGUUUACAACAUCUUUACAUCUGCUUUUUUUUUUUUUACCAGUCUCGUCAUUCCCAUACUUGGGUUGUAAGGUUCUUCUAUAUUUUGUCACAAAGUGUUAGUUGUUUUUUAGGUGUAGUAUCACUUUUUGAUUUUAUUUUGCUUGUUUUUUUCCCCAUUAGCCCAGACCACGUUCCCUCUGUAGCAGGGAGAGAGUAGUUUAAUUUUUUGCAGUACAAGAUGAUCUUAUAUGGUGGGGCACCUUUAUGUAUGUAUUCAACAUUUGAUGAAUUGUUAUAUACUCAGGGCUAAUGUGAAUCUCUCAUCUGCAAAUAUGUAGAUAACUUGGUUGCAUUAUGUAAGAAAUUAAUUGUAACCUAUACAUUGCACAAACAUGUGUAACUUUAAUUAUGUGUGUCUAUCUGUAAAUGUCUUUGUUGCCUUUGUAGUAGGCUGCUUGUGCGUCACAAUAAAGCCUACUGAUUUGUCACUGGAGGCAAUUGGUGCUGCAGAGUGCAUUGUAUUCUGUAAAUUGAAAGUCCAGAUAAUUAUUUUUUAAAUGUACUUCAAUAAGGCAAGAUAAAUAAAACAAAUAUAGCAUUUCUGAAGCUGUAACAUCAUACAUGAGAAAUUUAAAUAUACUAAUAAAACUGGAUCUUUUAUAAACUGUGUGCAUAAAAAAAAAUUGAUUGUGUUGGGAUAGGUUCGAAAAUGUGCUUCUCUGACAAAGCUGCUGCUUUGAAAGAAUUAUGUUUCCUCCUGUGAACUUUUGUUUUGUUUUUUUGCUUUUUACAUUCUCUAAUCUCACAUAGGAGGCUGCAUUGCACAGCUGCACACUGUGUUGAAAUAUGUUCCAAAAUUAACACUUCUUUUCAAAAAGUGUUUAGAUUCUUGAGUCAAAACAGGAAAGGUGUAGCUUGGUCUGUAGAAAUAAAGUAAUUUAACUCCUAAAUAGCAGUGAAACUGUAGGGGCAUGAUCUACAUAAUAAAACUACUUUGUUAAGCUUGAAGUGAUCCUAUAGUGCCAGGAAAACAAACCCAAUUUGCUGGCACUAUAGGCUCUUGGAGGGCCCCCCUCCCUCUGCGGUGAAGGGGUUAAAAGCCAUUCAGCCACUUACCUUAAUCCAGCUCUGGGCUCCCUCGGCACUGGUGACCUCUCCUCCCCCGCCGACGUCAGCUCCCUAGUGGAGCCGAAAUGCACAUGCAUGGCCCAAAGCACGCGCAUUCAAACCUGCCCAUAGGAAACCAUUGCUCAAUGCUUUCCUAUGGGGAUCUUAUCUGACGGACUCCACGAGGACGUCCAGCGUCCGAUAAGGACUAUUUACUCAGUGUAAAUUGCGGAAGCGGCCUCUAGUGGCUGUCAAGGAGAUAUAGAUAUAUAUAGAUAUAUAUAUAUAUAGGGAAAAAACCUUUAUAAUAAACAAAUAAAAACGCUAACUUUGGCCAGCAUUUGUGACUAAUUGGCUACUACAAAAGACUGGAAAUACCUCAUGUGGAAUACUCUGGGUUAACUACAUUUGAAAAUGUUAUGCCAUGAUGGGGUUAUUUCACAUUCCUGGGCUACCAUAUGGUCUCAAAAGGCAGCACAGACCCAGCAAACCAAUCUGGCAAACUGAAUUGGGCAAGCCCUAUAUUGACCCUGUAACUUUCCAAAACACCAUAAAACCUGUACCUGGGAGUAUUGUUGUAUUCAGGAGACUUCGCUGAACACAAAUGAGUGUUUAAAACCGUAAAACCUAUCACGACGAUGAAAUCACCAGUAAAAGUGCAGUUUUCGUUUAAAAAAAAAAACACAGAUAUGAAUGCUAAAUUUGGCAAGUGUUUGUGGUUAAAUGGCUACUACAAAAGACUGGACAUACCCCAUUUUGAAUACCGUAGGUUGUCUACUUUUACAAAUGGUAUGCCAUGAUGGUGUUAAUUUUCAUUCCUAGGCUGCUGUAUGGUCUCAAAGGCAACAUAGGCCCAGCAAACCAAUCUGGCAAAUUUCAAUGUGCAAACAUGGAAAAGGGGAAAGCCCUACAUUUGAACCCUGUAAGUUUGCAAAAACCCAUAAAACAUGUACAUUGGGGGCCCUGUUGUACUUGGGAGAUGUUGCUGAACACAUAUUGGGGUGUUCUUUGUCAGGAAGACAUAACAGGAACUGAGUAUCCUUGCCUAAAUUACAAUCUGACAGAAAAAUAACACAAAAGAGUGACUACCCAAAAGUUUGACAAAGACUGGUGGUAGAUUUAGUGCAUGGAAAAUGUUAAAAUACUACCAUUUGAAAAAAAUAAAAAUGGUUUGGAAAUAGCAAAGUGCUGCUUGUACUUAUAGCCCUAUAAUUUUCCAAAAAGAAAGCUAAGGACAUGUUAACAUUGGUAAUUUCUAAAUUCAGGACAAAAUGUAGAAACUAUUUAGCAUGGGUGUUUUUUUGGCGGUUGUAGAUGUGGAACAGGUUUUGGGGGUCAAAGUUAGAAAAAAAAAUUAUUUAUUUUUUUCAUUAUUUUAUAAAAAGAAAUUAUAGUAAAUUAUAUGAUAUGAUGAAAAUAAUGGUAUCUUUAGAAAGACCAUUUAAUGGCAAGAAAAACGGUAUAUAAUAUGUGUGGGUACAGUAAAUGAGUAAGAGGAAAAUUACAGCUAAACACAAACACCGCAGAAAUGUAAAAAGAGCCCUGGUACUUAAAUGACCACUAUAGGCACCCAGACCACUUCAGCUUAAUGAGGUGGUCUGUGUGCCUGGUCCAUCUAGGGUUAACCCUUUUUUCUAUAAACAUAGCAGUUUCAGAGAAACUGCUAUGUUUAUGUUAGGGUUAAUCCAGCCUCUAGUGGCUGUCUCAUUUACAGCCGCUAGAGGGCUUCCACGUUUCUCACUGUGAAAAUCACAGUGAGAAGACGCCAGCGUCCAUAGGAAAGCAUUGUGAAUGCUUUCCUAUGGACUGGCUGAAUGCGCGCGCAGCUUCUGCCGCGCAUGCGCAUUCAGCUGAAGAGGCAGAGAGGAGGAGGAGAGCUCCCCGCCCGGCUCUGGAGAAAGAGGUAAGUUUAACCCCUUCCUCUCCAUCCAGCCCGGCGGUAGGGGGACCCUGAGGGUGGGGUCACCCUUAGGGCACUAUAGUGCCAGGAAAACGAGUAUGUUUUCCUGGCACUAUAGUGGUCCUUUAACUGUAAGAAAAUUGAAGAACGGUCUGGUCACUAAGGGGUUAAAUGUACCCUUUGUUGUUCUCCACAGUACUAGAAUAAAAAUAAAUGUAAAUUGUCACUUCCACAAGCAGUCUAGGUACUCUCUACAUCAACCCAAAUACGGCAACCUUGUUUGUGUAGCACUUGGCAAACUACACCCUUAAACCACAGAACUGUUCGAUUUUUAUGUGCUUAUGAGGAAAAUACUACCAGCUGUAACCGUAUUAAUUAAAUAUAAAUAUAGAUUUUUUUUUUUUAUUAUAUGUAUUGUGUGCUGCAUAAAAAAGUUUUUUGUUUUUUUAAAUCUUCACUGUUUGGGGUUUAUACCCUUUGAAUACAACUUAUUCUUCAUAUUGUUUUAUGCCUGUAGGAUCCUGUUGGCAUCUUAAAUCAGAAAAAAACAGUUGAGCAAAUUCGCCCGACAACUGAUGCCCCCCCUGUAGCAAAAGAAAAAGAGACAAAGGUUAAAAAGACCAGCUUAUUCGACGAUGAAGAGGAUGACCUUUUUGCAGUUACAAAGGAUAGGUGAAUAAGCAUAAAUAUUAUUUGAUGUAACUGUGAAAGUAUUUAGUGGACGACGCUGGGUAUAAUUUCAAAUGACUGACAUUACAGUUCAAUUGGGCAUCCGAAGGACAGUAAGGUUUUAAAAAAAAAAAAGUUGCCAUAGCAACUAAACCUUACGUGCCGGUUUCAUACACUGUCCAUAGUGAACAUCUCCUACUACCUGUGUUUUUUUAACUGCUACUUAGACAUGUUUUGUGCACCUGCCUAUGGGUCACUUUGCAGGAAAUCAUUUUUCGUGUCUACAUUUUUGGGUGCAGUCACUCUUGUUUUUGAAAGUUCAGAAUUGUUUCUGAGCAGCAGAGGCAGUAAAUAUUUUGGGUGUCAAAUAGUCUGAACCCAAAGACUCCUAGUACCAUAAUGACUAUAGGAAGCUAUAAAGAUCAUGUUUUGACAGCAUAGACAGAUGUUGUUUAACUCUUUGUAUCAAAUUAAAGUUCUUUAUUAUAAACUUACAUUGAACAUAUAGUUUGUUCAAUAAUACUAGAUUAGAAAUUAGUAACCUGUUAAAUGAGCUAAACAUUUAAAAAAUGUUUCUAUAUUUGUACAUGUUCCGUAAUGUUCGAUUGUGUUGUACUUUUCUGUUUUUGCAUGCAUGAAUGCUUGACUGCUAUUUUAGAGAUAACAUUUUAUAAUUGUUUUUUUUGUUGUUGUUUUUUUUUACCUCCCAGUCAGAUGAAACCUCAUCGAGUUUCUCUCUUGUUUGAGGAGGAAAAUGAUCACGAAGGAUCUUUGUUUGCUGCUCCAAAAGUGGACCCUAUAAUUCCAGCAGUCCAAGAUUCGGUAUGUUACUUAUUUAUAGUCGCUUAGAUAAACUCUGAAACUGAAAAAAAUAUAUAUUUAGGUGGUUUGUUUCUUUUGGAGAAUUUAUUUUAAAACCUGGGGAAAAAAUAGCAAAUGUCCAGCCUGUCAUAAAGAGACAUCCAAGGAGCAUGCACCACUACAACUUAUUGCGGUGUUUUUGUUAAAUUCCAUGUCCCGUGUCCCUUUAAUGGGCACACAUGGUGGUUUUAGAGAUUGGAAGCUGCUGUAAACAAAUAUUUCUCCCUGCGCUUCUUUUUAGUCAUCUCUACAAAAGUUGUAUUUGGGGUUCUUUUUUUUUUUUUUAGCACUUUAGUUGUAGCCUUGUUCUUUUGUAUGUUUGAGUUUUAUUUUUUAUAAAAGCCAUAUGCAUAAAAUCUUUACAUGCUAUCAAGUUCUUCCACUUCACUACAACGGAAUACUUUUCAAAAAACUUUUUAACUAUUACUUCCUUUUCACAUCACCCACACACUGGAGAAUCUGUUGUGUUUUCGCAGACUAGGUUAUGUACUCGUAAGACUUACCAAUUUACUAAGGAGACAUGUUCUCGCAAUUGCUUCUGUUCGAAUGUAGCAUGUACCCGUUUACACCCGCGUAGGGUUCUGGUUGAGCCUUCAUAAUUAGAACUUCAUCCGACUUGGAUUCGCACAAAGUGCACAGUCGUUCCCGUUUAGCAGUGCUACCUAAGCCGUUUGUAUUCUGCUCAGAUUUUAUAUUUAGUACAUGAUCGUACCAGGUAUUAGCUUGCAUAGACAUAGUGGAUAUCAUACAACUCUCAAAGACAGGCAUUCUAAAGAAACCACACAUGCAUGCAGUUUGUCGAAUCCUUUCCCUUGGAAAUCAACCAUGUGUAGCUUGCUAGUAUGCACUUUGGGGCUUAGUCACCCACACAAUCACAGCUGUUGAAAUUUCAUUUUUUAGUUGUUGGCUCAUCAUUCAUCUACAUUUUCACUGCCACAAGUCAUUAACCCAAGUAAUAUAUAUAUAUAUAUAUAUAUAUAGCAUUAAAAAACACAUGGUAGAUCUACCGUGGAUUAUUAUCAACAUAACUACACUAUGGAUUUCCUUUCAGUUUAGCAAGAAUUUGUUGCUUGAAUGGCUUGCACAUGAUGGUGAAUUUUUGUUGUUCCUACAUGAGUGGUCCACUUUGAGUAGUUAUUUAAAGGGACACACUAAGCACAAAAACCAGUUUUAACUUUAAAAAAAAUCUUUUAAGUCAUUUCAGUUAAGUGGUCUAGUUGCAGUGGCCCUUUUAUUUUAAUCCUGGAAUGUAAAACAUUGUAGUUUUGUAGAAACUUCAAUGUUUACAUUGUAGGGUAAAAAAAGCCUCCAAUGGGAACACCUCCAGCCAUUAAAGGCACUUCCACCUGCUCUGACUGAGUAAAAUUUAGUCUCAUGGAACUGCAGCAGCUGUGAAUACGAUGUUUUCCUGUGAAAAUCAUUGGAUGCACGUAUGGCUCUUACACGAAUACCAAUUCAUAACAGCAAUGAGCGCUGUAAUAGGUUUAAAGCAGUCAGCUGAGAAUUUCAGCCCAUCACAUUCAUCCACUGUUGGUCAGGCCAUUACUCCCUCAUUAGCACAAGCAGCACCGAGGGUAACUGGCUGCUGAAGAAGUUCGUUUAGCAUUAAAACAUUUUAAAUGGUUUAAUGCUAAAUGGAAAGGCAGUGCUAGGGGACUACAGACACUGUAACCAUUUCAAUCAAAUGAAGCAGUUACAUUACCUACAGUAUCCCUUUUAAUUUUGGUUAUUCAUAUUUGCUAAUGGCAGACCUCUUUCCCAUGAUAUACUUUUCUAUAUACAUACAUACAUGCAUACAGAGAGAGAGAGAUAAUCAUUUAGUACACAUGGCUCAGGAUACACUACUAGAUAAGUAUCAUAGCUUUGUGCAUUUAAAAAAAUCCAAGUCAUGUUAUAGUUGUCAAAUCUCUUGUUCUGUUGUAAAAGCAUGUGUAAAAACCAGCUCACCAAGUAAGUCUGGUGCUGUAAGGGCAGGAGUUGAGAUGUGCAUUUUUCUUUGUUUCUAGUGAAUUCCCCCCUGGGUGUUUGUAGAAGGAGUCAUAUUGUACAUGUGCUAGGAACUAGAUGAACGGAGUACUUUCUCAAGUCUUUUAUAUUUUUUUUUUUUUCUCCUCUAAGGAACCUCCAAAAAUGUCUGUGCCAGCAAAAUCGGAUAUAGAAAAGGAAUCCUUGUUUCGUAACUCUAAGAAAAAAUCUGAAACAAACGCUUCUAGCAACGAGAACGAGGAGCCCCCAUCCAGGAAUGAAAAGGUAAGUUAGAAGCAAGUUAGCAUGCCGAUCGAACGAAUGUGCAUUUGUUGCUGCGAGCUGAUUUCCUGUUAAAAAAAAACUGCAAACUGUAACAUUGCCCGUUUUGAUAUCUUUUCUUAUAUACUACAGUAUAAGUAUCUAUCUAUACUUUGACUGAGGUUAGAACAGUUCCUCUGAUCUGGGAGGUGGGAAACAACAAACAUUACAUUAUUUACUACAUUGUAAAACCGUUAUGGUGUUUUGGGGGUAUAUAAUUGUUAAAGGGAAACUAAAUAGGCACUAUAAUAAUGAAAGCUAAUUGUUCCUGGAGUCCUCCAAAUCUGACUCUGUACCUAGUGGAGGUAAGAAUAAGGCAUAGAAUACACAAUUCCUUCUAGCUCAGGGGUUCCAAACCCAGUCCUCAAGUACCCCCUACCAGCCCAGGAUUUAGGGAUUACCCUGUUGUGUUUAAAGUGUUUUUUGUUUUUGUUUUUCUCUAAAAACGCAUUAAACACAGCUAGGUAAUCCUUAAAUCCUGGACGGUUAGGGAGUACUUGAGGACUGGGUUGGGAACCACUGUUCUAGCCAUACCAAUUCCUGACAUAAAUAAGCUGCUGUGACAGGCUGAAAGAGGGCAGCUGGCAUUCUCAGCCUCUCACAUCUAAUCAGGCAAUUACUUCCUCAUUAGUCAGAACACCAUAAAGGGGAUGGUCUGCUGGGGACUCAGUGUGUACUGGGCAGCUGACAGUCAUCGGAAUGUUGCAGAGGCAGUCUCUGGAAGGAUAUUGCUGGCUGUUUUGUGUUUAAAAUAUGCACCAAUAACCAUUUACAUGCCGCAAUUGUCGUGUAACAGCGCACUUGAAUGCCACCAACAUUUGUUUAGGCUAGUUGUCAUCCAAUCACCGUGACCUUGUGCCACAGUGAUCAGAUGCCUUGGACAUCUCAGGGUAGGUUUUCAGAGUACCUCACUAGUGAUGUUACUGCAGCUGGUUCCCCUAUUUACCACUAUAACAUUUAAAAACAUAGAAUGUAGCAGGGCUGACCGUACAGAAAUCUUAGCUAUAAUAUUAUAUGGUUAGUAAGAGUUCGUCAAUUUAAAAUAUAUACAUAAUUGAGAAUACAAUAAAAAUAGGGAUUGUAUUAGAAGCAAUAAAGUUUUGAAUUUAAAACAUUUAAUUAAAUAAAAAUAUAAAUAUAGACCUAUAAAAACAUAAUCUAUUAUAAUAAUUAACAGCAGAGUUUAUAAGAUUGCAUUAUAUGCUUGCAAUAUCUGUAAAAUAGAAUAACUGACCCUCUUGAAGAAGACAACCUCUCAGUUUUGGCAAGAUGGAGCAAAUGUUCUCUUCUGUCUUUAAUAUUAAAUAUUCACAAAUAUUUGUACCUUGGAUUUUCAGUUGGGUCAUGUUAGGACCUACCAUAACUUGGCAACGGUGCAAGACCGUGAUCAUUGAAUGAUAUAGCCUUGACCUGGUCAUUUCACAUGGGAGCAUUUUAAUCCGUAUAUUGUCAUGACCUAGACAUCUUCUCUAUGUUUCUGACUAAAACAUGGCAUAGGCAAGGCCUUGACUUGUACAUUUACCUAGGACAAAAUUACAUCCUAAAGUCUAAACACCAUAUUCACUGCAUAUGGGUAAGAGGUCAUUUAUUAAAGAAACAUUGUAUGAGGAUCAAUAUGUUCCAUUUCUAACGUCUUGUCCCUUUGCAAAAUCUCUUAAACACAAAGUACACAGUUUAAAAAAAUACAUCUUUUCAUUCUAAGGACUUGUAAUAUAUGCAUAUUCCCAUAACAGCGAGGACUCUGGCAGUACAAGAGUCACACCGGUAUUGGAACAUAAUAUUAAUAUGUACAAAAAAAGGCCUCUUUUCCAGACAAUAUUGGAAAACAAAGAAUUUUCGAAUUAACGUCUAAAUGGCAGGUCAUUUAAAGCUAUGAAAACUGACAUUUAUUUCGUUUUAUUAUUACAGGUGAGGCAUGGAAUCAAAUUAGAAGAUGGUGAAAAUGCUGAUCUUUUCCCUGCCUCCCCACCACCAGAUAUAUAUGCCAAGCCCAAGAGCAAAACCGUCCUUAGCCUGUUUGAGGAUGAAGAUGAAGAUAAUUUUGAAGAUCCGAUAACUAUUAAUGUUAAACAGAAGAGUUCUGAAAAGGUACAUGGGGAGUUUUAGAUGAACAACUGGGAAGCGGCUAGAAUCUUUAUUACACCUCUCUGGACAAGAGGACACUCUUAGGGCAAACAGAUGCUCAAAGUGUCAGCAAAAACUUUGAUUUGGCUUCUUUACUUGAGGCAAAGAAUAUUCAUAAAUCCCUUUUUUUAUAAAUCCAUUUUAGAAUCACCACCAGACUUACUUUUUUUCCUAGCCCAAAGACUCAUUACAGCAGCCUGAUCCUCCUCCGGUUAAGUCAUUAAAAUUGAUGACUAUUGUCCAAACAUUUGCUUCACAUUAUGGAUACAUGAUACAUGGCGCAUAUGUAGCUAGUGCUCCAAUCCUCUAAUUCAAGGCGUUUACAACAUCCGAAGUCGGCAUACUUUGCAUGAUGAUUCUGGACUUUAAUGUGAUAUAGAUACAGUAACUGAAUCUGUUAACGUCUACGGGGCAGCGGUAGGCAAACCUUUGCACUCUGGAAAUUGUGGAUUACAUCGCCCAUAAUGCUGGUAAAGCAUGAAAUGUGAUGUAGUUCACAACAUGUGGCGUGUUGAAAGGUUGCCUACCUCUCCCCUAGUGGCUAUCUAAAUGAUGGAAAUUAUUAGUAGUGGAAAUUGCAAAAUGUAAAUACUGCUGUAUCUCAGAGUUGGCGCUCUUUGCCACACCAAACCUGCAUGAACAACAUAUACACCUCAAAAUUUCUUCGUUAAAAUUAAAUAAUUUUUACACUAGGACUGUCCCUUUAAAGAGCAAAAAAAAAAUGUAAUCACUUGAAAGUCAUUUUAGAAAUGAGCUAGUUACUUAUGUUGAGUGUGUUGGUUAAUGUUAUUUUGGCUGUAGAAUUAAUUUUGAAAUUAUUUUUGUAUCACUUAUUUCUUUAAGUUUAAUAUGUAUGAAGCGUUUUAAUUUACCGUGUAGAAGACUAAUGUGAGCGUGGUUGUACCUGUGACCUCAUGUGAUAUUUGUACAUACUCUGGCUGUUCUAUACAUCACUCAGUAUGUCCCAUUCGUUGUUCAGGUUUCCUCUGAAAAGAGCGCACAAGGAAAGAGCACCAGGGUUUUCCAAGAUGAAGAAUUACUAUUUAGCCAGGAAUUACAGCGAGACAACGACCCUGAUGUGGAUCUCUUUGCUAGUGCAAAAAAACCAACGGUGAGUUGUUUUAAUACUUUUUCUUUUGUUAGUUGGGGAGAUGUUUUGGGAUCACUGUGUAUGUAGUAUGUGUGUGUGUGUGUGUGUGUAUGUAUGUAUGUAUGUAUGUAUGUGUAUGUGUGUAUAUAUAUAUAUAUAUAUAUAUAUAUAUAAAGACAAAAAUGCUUGGCACUGGAUCUUGAGGAAGACCCUGAGGGGUCGAAACGUCGAUCGUAUCAUGUAAUCCUUUUUAAUAAAUACUGCAUUUUUUGUUUAUACAAGUCCUUAGAGUGCAUCUCUUAUUUUCUGCAUAUAUAUAUAUAUAUAUAUAUAUUAUAUAUAUAUAAUAUAUAUAUAUAUAAUCUCAAAAUCCAAUUAGGUUAUGGUGGGGAAAAAUUGUGAUUGAAAACUUCUUACACCUGAAUUCUGUGGAUAAUUAAUACAAUGUUAAACAAAAAUCUGCACACCAGUCAAGCCAUAAGACUUUCUUUUCCCACAGAAAUCACAAAAUUGCAGCGAUGUUACAACCGCAAAGGAUUCUGGGUGGGCAUAUGCAAAUUAGUUUAACAACAAAACUGCUAUCCAUGAGUGGUUCACUGGUUUUGCAUCUUUUCCUAUACUGUGUUUCAAGCUGUUGUAUACAGAAAACACAGAUUAAAAGGAAUCCAUGUUUAAAAUGGAAUGAGGCAAAAAUGUGAUUCUUUGUUAAACUAAUUUGCAUAUGCCCACCCAGGAUCCUUUGCAGUUGUAACAUCGCUGCAUAUAUAUAGUGAGUAAAGGGUGCACUCACAGAACUUAUAGAUAAGCUCAGUGUGGCGAAACCGACCUCGCCACUGGGCAUUGGAGAAGACUAAUUGCCAGCCUCCUGCCAUGUGACUAUUGCCCCUGGGAUGUAUUGCCCUUUAAAGACAUUAUUUGGCUUAUUGGAUUUUGAAACACACUUUCUGCCCCUUUGAAUACAUGAGAAGGUGUGCCCCUCCCCCAUUUUCUGUCUAUUGUUCUCAAGCAGGGCGUUGUCACAGGGACACUGCCAGACCAGUUGGAACUUGUUGCUAUGGUUUAACCCCAUGGUGAUUUGACUGUGUUUGUGGUUUCUGAGCGCUGUUCGGAUAUAGUGAGCGCUCAGAUCCAAGCUAUCUGGGGAUAGGUUGAAUGUGGGGGUUCUGUUAAGUGUAAUAGGCAUUAUGUAUUUUUAUGUGUUUUUACUGUUGUUGUGAAUAGAGAUAUUUUCUGUAUGCUGGAGGUAACUGGCUUACCACACCCAAGCCAUGCUUGCCGACGGUCAAGGGACUUUCAACUAACUUUUGACCCACUGGACCAAUUUGUAUGAUUUUGACGUAUUUUUGUGUUUGGAGUAUGCUGAUUCUGAAAAUGUAAUUCACAUUUUAUGUGAAAGUGAUGUAUACUUUUAGAUUUAUGAAUAUUGUGUAUUUUCCUGCCUGUGAUAAUUACAUUAGACCCAUUGUGUUCAGUAAUUAUAUCACAGGCAGAGGGGAGGAUUUUGUGUGGGAGUGUCUGAAAGUAUUGUACGUAUUGAUUGGUUGUUCUGCAAAACCCUGAGGGCAGUACUGUGUGUGUGAAAUGUGCAUAAAAGCAGAGUGUUUGAUUAAAAGCUUCAGUUCUACUUCACAAAAAAAAAAAUGUGCUUGUCCUGUGAGUGCACCCUUUAUUUUUAUAUUAUCAACGCAGGGUGCACCCAGGCAUAUUGAAAUAUAUUUUUGUACUGCAAGGAGAGUGCCAAGCGUAUUCAUAUUGUGUGUGUGUGUGUGUACGUAACACGUUUUCCCGUAUUAUCAAGGCAACAUUUUUGAGUUUCUGCGUAGAAAAGCAGCAAGGGACCAAAUGUUGUUUCAUUUCUUUACAUCAUCAUUUUAGAUGUACACUAACCUCCAUAUGGGUUUUGAUCCCAAUAACCACAAAAGCUUAUACACCUGUUCAGUAUAUGUAAUAAUGUGUCCUAUGCUUUAAAUUUGUACAGUCCCAUUUGCUAUUCACAGUAUUGUCUGUGUGAACGAAAAAUGAACUAGAAUUUAUAACCACUUAUUUCAUGAACAUAAAUCUGUAUCAUCACCACUUACAGUUAAACAAACUCCAUUGGGGUUCGAAGAAUUGGGUAUGUUGAUCUUACCCAAGAAGAAAACACUUUGGCAUUUUUAAAUACUCGGCAGCCUUCCUUGUUCCAGUUCAUUAAAAAAAUGCAUCUUUUCUUAUAAUGAACAAAAAGUGAGCCUUGCUACAAAGAAGUAUGUGGCAAACAUGUCAGAACAAACAAAAUGUCCAGUAUACUUGCAUAGACAAAUGUAUUGUACAAAACCAAAUAAACUUAAAAUUGUAUCCAUAAAUUAAAUAGAUUGUCUGUUAUAGGUGAUUGCAUUCUAUACCUAUUAAAUUACAAAACCAUUUAAAUCUUGAAGCUACCAACUUUUUUCCAUUUGUGUUUCAGUCUGAAAAACCCAGCCAAGCAAAACCCCAAGCCGGGACUGGAUUAUUCGGUGAUGAGGAAGAUGAUGACCUUUUUAGUAGCAAUAAAGCCAAAAAGCCACCGGUACUUGUGCUUGUUCAUAUUUCUUAAUUUUCUUAUGUUGUAUAUAUUAUCUAAUUUAAAAGCCAUGUAUCUACCAAUAUUUCUUGUAUCACUGCAUCUGUUAACUUCUGUUGGCUCUGCUGAGCUUAGCCUACAGUGGGAUUAGGCAGAUGGCACGAGAAAGGGGUAAAGGAGCAAACGAUGUGAAAAGUGAGGUAGAAAAUACGUCCCUGCAUUCACAAAAAAUACAUGUGUGUGUGUGUGUGUGUGUAUAUAUAUAUAUAUAUAUAUAUAUAUAUAUAUAUAUGUGUGUGUAUAUAUAUACACAUACAUACAACAAUUGUCACUCAUUCUGACACUACACAUAGAUAACCAAUGUAUUCACACACAAUGACCUUCUGCUCUGCAAAUCAAAAAUAAAAUGCAUCGCAUUUGUGGUGGCAACAAACUAUUAAUCCUGACUAAUAGCCUAGGACCUUUGACCUUUCUAUGAUGUUACAGUCAAAGACAAGUAUACAGAAUAGGUUGUGCUAACACCAACACUUUAUUAGUAUCUUACCUGAAAUAAAAUAGUCUGUUAAACUUUUAGCUCCGUUUUAUCACGAAUAAAUCUGUAUAUAAUGUAUGUGUGUAUGUGUGUGUGCUUCCCAAUACAACAAACGCCAAAUUCAGUGAAACAAACUGUGUAGUAACCAAAAGCAAGCAAAAGUGAGUUCUGCUUGCCUGAACUUGUCCCUUCCGGUUGUCGCCAUCUGCAUUCGGCUGGUCCUCUUUAGAAGCGCCAUGAGCUGACGUCACUGCUGUACUCUUGAACGUGUGCGAGAGUACAGCAUUGAGGUCUACUAAGGAGACUGUGGGAUCCUCCAUAUACGAAGCCAAUUGGCUGCAGCUAUCACUGGUGUAAGCUGCGGGAUUGACACUUCUAGAUAACCGUAGCCUCGUCCAGUGUCUAGUAAUGUCAGGCGUAGAAAAUAUACUGAGAUAAAGUAAUGUCUUAGUAUAUCUCUUGACUGGAUUGCAAUUUCAAUAGGGAAGGGUGACACUGCCACUUUAACACAAGGCUGUUAGGCACCUAAAUAACUCCUGCAGUCAUACUGUUAGUAUAGCUAUGUUUUAUAAUCAUGUCACUUGUCAUUUCCUUUAGCUUUUAUUCUCAUGACUUCAAAAUUCUCUUACACUUACUUGGUACUGUGUUUUGUUUUAAUUUUUAAUAUCAUGUUGUCUCUCUUGCAUCUAAAGCCUAUGGAGUUUGUUUCCAUGUAUAUUACUUUUAGUCAUAAUCUAAAUAUUAUUUAUAUUACAGAAAGUUCAAGAAAAGAAAACUGUGAUUAAAAGAGAAACCGCUGAUGAAUCUAAGGAAACUAACAGUGUGCCAGAGUUCAAAGACCAGCUUCCUCUGAGGAAAGGUGAUACAGAGGUUAGUACCGUUUUCUGAAUGUACUAGUACAAAUAAAACAAAAUAUAUUUAAAAAAAUACUUAGUGUAAAUUACUUGUGAGAUAUCCGAUUUAAAAAAAUGUAUUUAUUUGUUCUGAUGCUUUUGUGGUCACUACUUAAUUUUUGAUAAGUUGAUGAAUGUAGCUUUACAUGUCGUUUAUUAUCAAGCAUAAGGACAUCAAUCACUCUAAACUCACCCAUCAGAAGUUGGCGCUUCUAUAUUAUUAUUAUUAUUAUAUAGCGCCAACAAAUUCCGUAGCGCUUUACAAUGAGUGGACUAACAAACGUGUAAUUGGAUAGUGGAAUGGGCCAACAUCUUAGUCGCAUCUGGCGUUAAGUAGGGGCGGAUGCGCGCAAUGUUUCUGAGAUGGAAAUGACAAGAUUUGGCGAUAGAUUGAACAUGAAGCUUGAAGGAGAGAUCGGAGUCAAAGAGAACAUCUAGGCAGCGAGCCUGCGUGGUGGAGCUGAUCUAAUGUUUAAUGUGGUGGAGAAUGAUCUAAUGUUUAAACUUUCUUUGUAGCACAGUCAGUUUAAUUAGGAAUGUCUUCUUUCCUGCUAUGUUAAUCACCUUCUAGACCCUACAAGAGAGUCAUGUGUGUGAUUAAAGUUCAAUUUACACAGCAAGAGAUAACCAGUUCUAAAGUAAGUUAACUUAUGAUUGAAAAUUAAAAAAAUAAUUCAUGCAGGGCGUGGCUGUGGCAGAAUAAACAGAAGCAAAAUUGAUUUAACUCCAAAAUGGCAGAGAAUUGAGCAGGGAGACCGAAGGAGCAUGACCUAUAUACUAAAACUUCUUCAAUAAGCUAAAGUUUUUCCAAUGCCUAUAGUAUCCCUUUAAAAGUUAGCUUUUAUUAGUUUUGUUGAAAUUCAACCACCAGAUGUCAGUCUUAUUAGCACACCUAAUAGUCAUACAAAUGACAAAAAAGCAAGCUUUCAAAAACAAAAUGAAAGUGAAUUUUCCAUAUGGACAGCGGCAGUACUACAGCAGGUAUUUUCCUUUCAUAAUCCUUCUUGACAGGCAACGUAAGUGUAAAACUUUUAAUAUGUAUGGUAAGUACCACCAUUAAAGGGACUCUCCAGUGCCAGGAAAACAAACCCUUUUUCCUGCAGUGCCCCUCUCCAUCCCACCCCCUAUCCCCUGUUGCGGUUAAAACCCCUUCAGUGACUUUCUUGAAUCCAGUGCUGGGUCAGGCUCUGCCCAUGCUCCUCCCCCCCUCCCCACCGGGGGGGAAGACCUAAUGAGCAUGUGCGGCAGUGGCCACGUGCACGCAUUAGACCUCCCAAUAGGAAAGCAUUAUUCAAUUCUUUCCUAUGGGGAUUCCGGUGAUGCUGGAGGUCCUCAUGCAUAGCGUUUAAAACUUUUCGUGUUUUAAGAACCCGGAAGUCCCUCUAGUGGGUGUCUGAUAGACAGGCAAUAGAGGAGGACUUAACCCUGCAAGUUAAUCAUUGCAGUUUAUAAAAACUGCAAUAAUUACACUUGCAGGGUUAAGGGUGAUGGGAGUUGGCACCCAGACCACUCCAAUGGGCAGAAGUGGUCUGGGUGCCUGGAGUGUUGCUUUAACUCCUCCCCUCUGGGGUAUAAAACUAUAGCCACAAGAAAGAACCCCAGUUUUCUGCCAGUCCCUCUAGGAAACAGGUCUUAGGUUGCAUUUAUCCCUUUGUUCUUUUUUUCCCCUGUAGUAGAUGAGUCUGCAUGGUUGCAGACUAGGGCAGCUGUAGACAGGUGAGAUGCCUAUUGAGGCUCUCUGGUCUGACAAACUGUGUGGUUGUGGAGCCUCAGAUGUUGCUGAACCUCUUUGGACCACACGCUGGAAUUACAGCAACGGCAUGCGUUCCAUGGAUCUUAUCUUGCUACCCUCACUUCCGCCAGAAACAAAAGGAGGAGCCAGCUAAAGGCUGCGGGGCUAUUAGGAGUGUAAUGCACACCGGGGUUGUUUGUGUUCCAUCACUGAUACCCUUGUGUGCGCGCACACAUGCACAAAUGGGGGGGGGCCUUCCUCACUGCAAAAUCAGAAAUGUAAAAAAGCCCUGGUGAGGGUCUAGAUUGGCAAAUGCAAUUCUACACGUGGCAGUGCUAUCACCUUUUCGCCCUGUGCACUGCAGACGCAUUUUUAAGGUAAGAAAUAUUAAAUUUCUUUACUUACAAGGUCCUUUGGAGAUUAUCUUCCCAAGUUUGUAGGUACUCCUUUUUCUGUUUUGUUCCCGACAUGUCGAACACACCUGAGGUGCAAGAAUUCCCUGUGAAGCAUGAGAGAUCCAAAGCUGUUGCCAAAACAAAACAUCUUAAUUGCUCUGUUUAAUGUUUCAUUGCCAGGUGCAUACGAAAAGAAAAAUUGUAACGCAUGUAUGAAAGAAACUGCGGAGUCAUCAAAAUGUACAGAAAUGUCUUUCUUCAUUAACUGGUUUCAGCAAAACUUAUAAAUCUGCAUUUCAGGACAUUAAAACAGCCACUCUACAAAAUAUUUCUGUUAUUACUAAUAAUUCUUGUGGGAAUUCCCAUGAAAAAAGAACCAGGUCUCCAGAUAAUUCUGAUUCAGAGGAGUCUGAAACCAGCUCAUCUUCAUAUUCUUCAGAUUUUUCAGAUUGCUCUGAGUAUAUUAUGGUUUUUGAUGUAUAUUUCAUUGGCAAACUGAUCAAAGAGGUUAUGAAAAUGGAUGAAGGUAUUUCUCCUCAUUAGAAAAAAAAAAACUUUUCCACCCAUCUUAGAUUUCAAUAAUUAAUGGCUAGAUAAAGAAAAAGGCAUUUUUAACCAAACAUUUUAAAGCCAUCUUUGCUUUUUUUUAGAAUUCGUCCCUAAGGUGGAUGUUCCCAUAGCACAACUAACGUGUGUGUGUGUGUGUGUGUGUGUGUGUGUGUGUGUGUGUGUGUGAGAGAGAGAGGUGGGGAGGACUACCAUUCCAAUUGGUGAAAUGUCCAGUUUACGAGAUCCUAUGGACAAGAAGUCCGAAACUUAAUUGAGAAACAUUUUCAAGGCCUUUGCUGCUCAGAGUAAAACCCCAGUUAAAAACAUGGACAUACUAUCAGUGGGUAGAAAAGCCGUGUGGAAAAAAUCUUGGCCAGAUGACGCCCCCUCCAAAUAUGCGCUGCAUAAUAUCCCCUUCGAACAAGGCUGGCUUUUUGGUUCAUCUUUAGACAAUUUAUUGAAGUCUGUGGCAGAAGAUAGGGAAAAGGCCUUAUUGGAAAAAAAUUUGUUUUUAGGAAGUAAUUGGUACGGAAAAUGUUAUCUGGCCCCAACAUAAGGCAUAUAUUUUAAGACAAUAACAGAGAAAGGGGGAAAAAAUUUAGAUCUCAUCUUACCGAGAAAUUCUGACACCAGGCAAGUAGGAGGAAUAUUGUCCCCAUUUGCAAGUAGAUGGUGAGAUGCGUAUAAGAAACUAUUAAGAGGAUUCAUUAUAGAAUUCAACCAUGUUUCUCCCCAAUCUUUCAUUUGUUUAACUGUUUAAUCAAAAGAUAUAAGGUAAGCUCUUUGUUAUACAGUCUCACAUCUCAUAAAAAGAACGUUCUAGAAAAGGUUCCCAAAAAAGGCGUUCCAGGGAACAUAUUCAAGAUUGUUUCUGUCGAAAAACCUGAUGGCUGUUUUCAUCCAAUUCUAGAUCUGAAAAAAGUGAAUUAAUAAAUCUCAAAGAAAAAGUUCAGGAUGGAAAUGAUUCAGUAAGCUUUCAUCUGAUCAGAGAAGGAGACAUCCUGGCUUCCCUAGACUUGAAAGAUGCUUAUCUCCAUGUCCCCAUAGCAAUCUGAAGCAGAACGUUUUUAGGAUUUGCCAUAAGAGAAAGAAACGAGAUUCUACAUUUUCAAUUCAAAGCAUUGCCAUUCAGCCUCUCAUCUUCUCCAAGGGUAUUCACCAAGAUUCUCAUUUGUCCUUACUGAUAUUCUAAGAGAAAAAGGACAACAAGAAAUUGUCCUGGCUUCGUUUUGUCAAUAUGCUGUUCAUCCUCAAGAAAACACUCUUCAUAAAUUAGAUGUAAAAUGUACUCUACAACUUUAUUUGAAAAGAAUUAGCUUUUUCAGAAGUUCUUUUUGUUCUUUUUAAAGGUAUGAAUAAAGAGAAAGCAGUCUCCAAGGCUUCUAUAGCCAGAUAGAUGAAAUAAACCAUUAUAAAAGCUAAUCAGGUUUUUGGAGUGACUCAUCCCCUCUACAUUAAAGCUUACUCCAAGAGAGCCAUCUCUGCGUCAUUGUCAUCUCACGCUUCAGAAAUUCAAAUUUGCAAAGCAACAAAACGUUAGAGAUCCAUGCCUCUGAAGAUGCUUAAUGUGCAGUAACCCACCAUUCAGUACAGAUUGCUAUGUCCCUGUUGUAGUGCUGACGCUGUCUGUAUGGGAAAAUAGGAUCAGUGUCAGUACAAGUGAAUGAAUAUAAUUUCCAAUGAGUAUGUGGCUUGAUUUGCUGGGGUUCUAUGUUGGUUUUAUUUCCAAAAGGGGAGGUGUUAAGUUUGGUGCUUACCAUAUUUAUUAAAAGUUUUAGACUUCUGCAGCCGGUGCUGGAAUGAAAAUCCCUGCUGUAGUACUACUGCUGAUCAUAUGGAAAAUUUAAUUUACGAUGAGUAAAAAUUCAGUUUUCUCCCAAUUUAAGACAUAAUCCAACCGUAUGGCUAUAAAAGCACGAAGUCAAAAUUCCAAAUCAGUAAUAGUUCUCUUCAGUAAAUCUUCCUAAAAUAAAGGGUAAUAUACUCACUCAAACGUGAAUGAAUAGCUAGGAUCCAAUAGAUUAGGAGGCUGAAGGAGAUCUAUAGUGACAGGCAAAACAAAAAAACUUUGGUAUAAUCUGGAGAGUCCACCAUUGAUCUUCAUAAACUAUAAGAGUCUACAGUUUCAACCACAAGUUUCUUAUGGAACUUUAUUCAAUAAUUUAAAUACGAGCCUUUUUAACAUCACCUCUAGCUCUCAUUUUUAUAAGAAACUGACUCUGCAACACCAUCAAGUAAUAAGGAAUUUAUUUAGUAACCACACAUGCUUUUGCCAAGCCAGUAGGCCAAUUAGAGAACACUUUUGACAUACGAGCAUUUGUAACAUGGAGUCUUGUAUAGAAUAUAUUACAUAUAGAUUUUUUUAUUAUUUUAUUUUAACCCUCUUUCAUUUUGUAUAGCAACCUACCGAUCGUGUGCCAAUUAAAACAAAAAGCCCGUCCUCUCGGAUUGGAAAAUUACAAGUAACUAUACGCUUAACGAUUUUCACUUAAACUGUCUAUUUCUUCCUUCUCAAAUGGCUGUCAGGUUUGUGGGUGGGAUUUUUGUUUUGUUGUUUACUGUAAUUUCGUUUUGUAUUUACUGCUUAAUAAAAAGCAUCUGUCACCCACUGUGCUUGGCCCUGGGCUGUUAUGGAUUUACUGCACCAUUUCCUCUGUACAGCAUGUAAUCCCUUUCUGGAACAAUUUCUCUGCUUUCUCUUUUCUAUCAAAGGAGCAGCAUCAACACUGGAGUCUAAUGUAAAUGGUUAAACCCACUAUUUAUUUCUAUUUUUUUUCCCCUCAGGCAAACUUGCAUAUUAACCCUGCCAGCAUGUUACCGGGUGCAGUUCCCAAGCUUACUGGUGCAAGACACGUGAUCCCAGAACAACUGGUUUCUGCUCCUGAUGUGACAGAUACCAGAAGCAUGCCCCCAGCAAGCAACACUGUGAUUGGGGCAGUGAGUUUUGAAAACCCAGCACAAAUAGACACUCUUCAUAAUGCUAAUAAGGUAAUAAAGAUUUACUUUUUAAAAAGAAAACCCAUUUAUGUGCAUUUCAAUCGUUUCGUUAGGAAAUGGAUGCUUUAUAGAGUCAAAUUUUUUAUAUCAUUGCUUUUCACAAUCAAUUUACACUAAAUGUGAUCCUAACAGUUACCCAAGAUUUAAAGUAGAUCUGUCACCCUCCACCCCCCAAAAAAUAAUAAUACAAUCUUUAUGAAAUGCUCACAAAGACUGCGUUGGAAUUUCAUUAAAACUCCAAUCCAGUCCAAAGAUCUCAUAAGACAAAGUAGGGACUACUUUCUGUUAUACAUUUUUCCUACACUUUAUAAAAAAGGUAGAGCGAGUGUUGUCAAAUUUUGUCAACCUUCAGCCUUAAAAGGUUGUGUCUAAGGAGGACCGUGAAGAUGUGAAGGACAGGUUCAGGUAAGUAAAAACUACCACCCCGAACCACCAUGCUGAAAGCAGAGCUUUCACUAUCUGGGGUAUUUGCAGAAUAUGCAAAGACCCCAGUAGGUGACAGAGCCACAUUAUAAGAAUUAAAAGCUUAAGAUUAAAAUUAUUUUUUUAUUUUGUAUAUAAUAUAUAAAGCAGUGUUAAUCUGGGAUGUUGUUGUAAUUCUGUUUUGUCUUUUCUUACUCUUUAGACUCGAGCCAAAGUUGGUGGGAAAAGGCGCCCACCCACAAGAAUGGGCAGAAAACUGGCAUCCGAAGAUUCUGGUGAGACAGAGGACCUCAGUAGGUCAUCUGCAAUUUCUGCGACAUCUGAUACAAAGCAUCAAGAUGGAUCACUACAUGCAAACCCUGAAAUAAAUAGAGAAGAACGUAUUUCUUCUAUCAAAGUGUCUCUGUCAGAGAAUGACAUACAGUCUAGUACCAAAACUAGAAUUGUUCCAAAACCUCUGACACCUGAUGUGAAUGACCUUUUUGGUUCAGAUUUGUUUGGAAAAAGUACAAUUGCCAACGCCUCUGCCUCAAAAAUGAACGAACCUUCCCCUAAUCCAGAAUUUACCAACAAACCUCUUGUGGAGGCUGGGAAGAAGUCCUCUUCUGCUUUGGUGUUGAAUGAGAAUGGCAGUGAUGAUGAUCUCUUCCAACCAGUAAAACCGAAGACCACAAAAGCAUUUAGGCCCACAUCUCUGGCAGAUUAUGAACCUGAAGAUGAUCUCUUUGGAAGUCAGAAAGCGGAUGUUCAACCCAUUCCAACGAAAGAUACCAAGUCUGUUACCAAAGAUAUAUUUGAGGUAUAACAUUAAAUUAUAAUCUUUCUUUUUUUUACUCCUGGCAUUAAUAGUUUUGUCGGUCUCUUCAAAUCUCUUUUUUAGUUUUGAAGAAGGGGGUAAAAAAUGUUUUGCCUCUUACUGCAACAUAACCCUCCUCAAUUAGCCACACCUACUCUUCACAAAAUGUGAAUUGAAGUACUAAAUGUGGCUCAGCCAAUGAAAAGUCACUUUGAGCAGAACUGCUGAUUUAACUCUGCCCCACAAAUAGUUGCUGUCUUCUUAUAUGUAUAGUAUUUAAAACAUGCUAAUGGGAUAGGUGACAGAUAUUUAAAGGAUAGUGAUUGGCUGUAGGGCAGAGACAUGUCAGCAGAUUGGCUCACACCAGUCUCUCAUUGGCUGAGCUAUAUACAUACACUGCAUACUUUCAGGAUGGAGAAUUUUGUGCAAAUUGUGUGAAAUGUAUUGGUUAAUAUAUUUAUUUUGCAUAAAUGGCCACCUGCUUACUAGGCAAUUUUUUAAGUGUGUUUUUCCUCCUCAAGUGCACACACUCCAUUUCCAUUUUAACCUAUUGUGUUUUUUUUAGGGUAGUUUGCUUAUUUUGUGGAUUGAUUUAGCAUAGAUACAAAAACACACAUACCCCCCCAUCCCCCCUUUCCUAUUGGAACAGGGGCAAAAAUUGUAUUUUAUUUUCUUUGAGCACUUUCACACAUAAACUAUAUUACUGUGUUUCUAAAAGUCUUUAUUUUUUAUUUAUUUUUUUAAACCCAGUGUUACUGGGUUUUUUUUGUUUGUUUUUUGUCUGUUUGUUUUUUUAGCAUGAAUUCACUAAAUGUGGAGGAGACAGGUAUUUAAACAGAAUGAAUAUGUGGUCUAGGAUCCACUAGUUUACAAACUUCCCAUUCUAUUCAAAAUGAUGUCAUUAAAAAGAAGUAUGUUUACUUGUAGACAUCUAAUUUAUGUACUACAGAUUUUUUUUUGUGUGUGUGUGCAAUAGUAUGUUUAUUUUAAAAUAAAUAUUUCCUUAUCACAUUAUUUGAUGCAGAUAAACUUGGUUGUACAUGUAUGAAUUAAGCAUUAAAUUAUUAUAUAUUUUGUGACAAUUCGUGCUAGAGAUAUGUAUUGAAUAACCAUUGUAUAUUUAUUCAGGAUGACAUAUUUGCAACUGAAUCCACAAAACCAGGGAAAAAAACAAACGAGAAGAAAGCAACAGCAGAACCGAAUCUUUUUGAUGAUAACUUGGAUAUUUUUGCUGACCUCACACAAAAAUCUAAAGACAAAAAGAUUAAGAAGAAGGUGGAACCCAAGUCUAUAUUUGAUGAUGACAUGGGUAUGUACAGUUUCAGUAAUAUUUAAUAUCCCCUCACUGGACAUGAUUAAUUAUGGAUGCGUGUAUUGGUACCGCAAAAUUCUAAGCUUAAAGGAACAUUCUAACGUUAGGAAUACAAGCAUGUAUUCUCAAUGUUAGAGUGUCUUACUAACUAUUUUUAAACUGUAGUGAUUAUUUUGCUUAGAGUGUCCCUUUAAUGUGUCCUGAUUGAGAUGCUGUACAAAUUAAUUUAUCAAUGUGCAGCCAAUAAAAUAAGAAUUUCCUGUUGUGUCUUUGGCCUAAACUCCAUUUAGAAUAAUAGGAAGUAGUUACUAGACAUAUUGGCUUCUUUUUUGUAAUGUGCUCUCAUGUCUGUAAUCCCUCAUAAUGUAAAGCAUUGCAAAAGUUGUUGGCAUGUUUUAAAUUGUUUUCCUUACCCCUGACAUUUGAACAGAAUUGAAUGUAGAGCAAGUGUCAUCUGUUGUAUACUUAUUUAAAUGCUGGUUUUCUAGCUGUAACUCCCUGAAGACUAUGUGCCGUCUCUGUGCACUAAUUUGACUGGAUGUUGAUAUAGUGACAAAGAAUGUGAUCCAGUACACACUAUGCAGGGAACAAAAGGUGACUUAUUUACACAGUCACGCAUAAGACAAUGGUUCAAGUGACAUAGAACAUUCUUAUCCCUGACUAAUUCUAGUGCCAAUCUGUGCAAGUAUGAUUGUAUUGAUGUGGAUUUGUGUUUAGCGGCCUUUGAGUAUAUAUACAUGUCUGUUUACUAUAGAUAUAGAGUUUUGAUAAAUAAUUUCACUAAGUUGGAGAAAGCAUAGUACUAGCAGUAGUUGGAGAGCAAUACUUGUUGAGUAAGUGUAUUAAUAGACUAUAUAAAUGCAUCUGAGAAUCUGUGCACCUCUCAGCAUGCUGCCUAGUAUGUAUUUGUUUUCUGUGCAAGAAAUAUAAAAAUGAAUGAUCUCAUAGUUAAAUAGAACACAAUCAUCAUACUUCGCAAGACCUAUGAAUGCAAUUUAGCCCAGGCAGCUACUGAUAGGCAAACGAAUGAGUAACACUUAUGGUUGAUAUAUUUAUUCAUCUGAUAUUUCAUUGAUAUCCAUUUUAGAAUGUUAUUCAUUAAUAUUCACUUUAUAUGAAACCAAAUUAUACCUUAUAUCUUUUUGACUUGAAUGUAAAACCGUAUCAUAUUUGUAUUUUAUGUUGCCUGAUUUUUUUGUUUUAUGAGUUUUUUUUUUUUUUUUUUUUAAAGCACAUGUUAAAACUGAACUAAAAAAUUGUAUUUCUAAUUUCGUAAAGGUAAUAGGUUUUCAUUAUGACUUUAAGAAGAAGAAAAAAAAAUAUGUAUGGUAAGAAUAAAUAAUGUUUCCUCUUAUUGCAGAUGAUAUAUUUUCAUCUAGCAACGUGAAAAAGACCAAGCCAAAAGUAAAACAAAGUCAGCCAUCAACAGAGCCGAAAUCAGACUCCAAACCUUCCAGUGAUUUUGAAGAUCCUUUAAAUGUUUUGGGCAAUUGA